AUGGGCUGCUUCUUCUCCAAGCGGAGGAAGCAGGCCAAAGAGCCGAAGCCCGGCGGCGGCGAGAGCGGGGACGGAGACGUCGCGGUGCCCUCGGAGGCCGAGAAGCAGCCGCAGUACAGCUGGGACCAGCGAGCCAAGGUAACCCUCCGCCCUGCCGCCCACUCCCCGCCAGGGCCAGCUGCACGCGCUCCUGCUUCCCUCCCUUUCUUCCUCCCCCGUUGCUUCUCCCUUGACUGCACGCGUGAUCCUCCCUUUCGGACGCCCCUUUCUCCCCUUGGGGCUCCUUCCUUCCCCGCUGCUUCUGCCAAGGAUGCACGUGUGAACGCCCUUGGACACGGGUCGGCUUGGGGUGGCGGUGGGUUUUUCCUCCCAUCGGCUCUUCCAAGUGCCUCUUCGGGAGAGGGUGGGUGGAAGGGGUCACACUUCUUGGACCUGAGCGUGGGGGGGGGGUUGCAGAAAAAUCUGUAUUUAGACACCCUUCCGUAGGCUGGGGUGGUGGUUGUGGUCCAACAUUGCUCGGGUACCUUAAUGUCCUUAAUGUUGUGCAAGCAAUUCUGCUACGUGUAGACUUCCAUGUCGCUCAUCAUGUGUUUUCUUCGGCGCCUCUCUGCUGACGUCCCGAGUUCCUUUCUUUUUACACGUCUUCUGUCUUUCGUUACUCUUCCUUCCUCUCUGCGUGUACUUCCUUUUCCAGCACGUCUUAUCCUCUUACCUGCUUAAGGAGCAAGCUCAACAUCACUUAGCGCAUCCCUUUCUUAUCCCUAAGGAAGGUGGUUACCUAACUCCGUAAAUCUGCCCUUACUAUGCAUAGUAAGUGUUGUGGGAUCCUAAAGACUACAACAAUGGGUUGUGGAAUAAGCUGUUUUGUACUUUCACUCUCAGCAGCCUGCGAAGGGUAUUUCAAAUCAUGCCACCAAUCGAUUUGCCUUUGAGGUGCCUCAGCACAGCUUGUGUUUGGCAGCUGAUACAGUUAUCGCUCUGCGAUUUUGAGCAAAGAGGGCAUCAUUGUAAUCUUGUGUAUCUGAUUGUAAAACAUCAUGGUUUCCCCUUAUUUCAUCCCUCCUACCCACCCCAACCCCUUGUGAAUUGGCAAUGAGGCUGCCAAGGCAGCUGUUUCCCGCAGAGGAUUCUGUUCUUGUUUGCUAACUAAUUGCAUUCUUUCCACAACACUAUGUAAGCCGCUCUUUGAGGUCACAUACACUUUAUUUUCCUGGCUCCCUAAUUAUUUUUUGUUUAGUUGGUUCUGUGCAUUGGGUAUUUCAAAAUUUAGAGGUAAUGUAACACUUGACUCAUGUUAUGGUCAUGUGCUUGGUGGGUGGUGGAGGUGAUUUCAACUGAGGAAGCUUUUCUGUAGUUUUUGACUCAACUUCCUCUUGUGGUAAUGAAAGGAACUUCCCUUAAACAGUAUAGUUUGCAAUUUGAUAGAUCUCAUACUAAGGAGUCUAAAAUGUUUUUUUGCAUGACACCAUCAUUUUUUUUAGUCCACUGUCCCUUUGGUUCCAUAAACUCAUCCCCUGUACCCCCUGCCCUAUAAAAAAAGCUUUAUUCAGAAAAGUGCUUUGCAUGACCCGCUAAGGAAGAUAAAGUAAAGGUAAAGGGACCCCGACCAUUAGGUCCAGUCGUGACCGACUCUAGGGUUGCGGCGCUCAUCUUGCUUUAUUGACCGAGGGAGCCAGCGUACAGCUUCCGGGUCAUGUGGCCAACAUGACUAAGCCGCUUCUGGUGAACCAGAGCAGCGCAUGGAAACGCCAUUUACCUUCCCGCUGGAGUGGUACCUAUUUAUCUACUUGCACUUGACGUGCUGUCGAACUGCUAGGUUGGCAGGAGCAGGGACCGAGCAACGGGAGCUCACCCCGUUGCGGGGAUUCGAACUGCCGACCUUCUGAUCGGCAAGUCCUAGGCUCUGUGGUUUAACCCACAGCGCCACCCUCUAGACGGUAGAAUGCAAAACAGUGACAAUCAUUUGCACAAUUACGGUAUUCAAAAUCCAAUUAAAACUAUUUAGUUUCAUUCAGCAUAAUUUAUGCAUUUAAAUCAGUGAUACCAGCUUUUCAAAGUCUGAUAGUCAUUUACACCCCUGGUACCCCCUUGACCAGGCAUCCCCAAACUCAGCCCUCCAGAUGUUUUGGGACUACAACUCGCAUCAUCCCUAGCGAACGGGACCAGUGGUCAGGGAUGAUGGGAAAUGUAGUCCCAAAGCAUCUGGAGGGCCGAGUUUGGGGGUGCCUGCCCUAGACUCUUUGUGCCUGCUCCCGUCAGCCAUCCCACUGCUCCCUUGGGGAACCACUGUCCUACAUAGGAUGAAUCCUCUUAUAUGUUAGGGUAUGAACUGCUCCCAGCGUAGAUACGGAAAUGAAACACUAUUCUAUUCUUCAGAGUGACAGUGUCCUUGAAAUAAACAUGCAGUAUGCUGUUGAAGUGAUCAGGUUAAAUGUUAAUUGGUGUGUUAUUUCAAAUGUCAUUUCAUUUGAAGUUAUUGUUGAGCUUGAUUUUCCAAAAUCGGCCAUCCUGCAUGCAUAGAGGUGGGGAAUCUGUUCUCCUCUAGAUAUUGCAGGACUCACAACAGGCCUAGCCAGCAUGGACAGUGGUCAGGGAUUAUGGCAGUGCAGCUGAGCAUCGUCUUGAGGACUGCACUUUCCCCACCUUUGUCUUUAGGCCUGUCUGUUCUUUUUCUGAGACUGCAUAUAGCAUAUGAAUGCCCAUGUGUUUCAGGGAAUAGCCCUUCCUUUAAAGAGAGUGCCUAGGAUUUAAACUGUACUAAUUCCCUGUGCUAUCACUAUUCUAAAGCAUUGCAGACUUGGCACACUUAAAUUUAAGGGUUAUAUUUAUAUUUAACCAUGGCCAAAUGCCCUUGUCACCUAAGGCUCUUAAGUGGAUUAAAUAAAGCCACCAGUUUAAUAUGUUUUAAAACGGAUGGUGAUGGAGGAGGAUUGGAAUUAAGGCAGACGAGGCUACUUGAUGAGAAGGACUUGUAAUAAAUGCUGCACAGGUGUGACCUGCAACAAAUGCUGCUGUGUAGAAUACUCCACCUCAAAUUUCUAGAUACUCUUUCUCCCACCUCAGUGUCCAGGCAAUGUUCUGAAUCUGUUUAGGCCUUGUUGGGUUGUUUUCAUAGCUUGCUUAGGUUUCUGCCCCCUCCCCUAAAGUUUUUGUUUUUGUUUUGUACUUGUGCAAACCAUGGUUUCCUCUGAAAAUGCAAAGUGGUGCUGUUUGGGCUAUAUGAGGACCUGCUUUUUGAGAAUUAAAAUCUCUCUCUCUCUCUCUGUAGUAUGUACACACACACACACACACACACACACACACAGACCAUUAAUUCAGGGGUAGUUCUGUAUAAAUUUUCCUAGUGUCAUUUUCUCCAGCUCUUCUAUAGCAGGAGUGAGCAGACCAGCCUUGUCAAAUCUACUUGGUUUUUUACUUGAACCCUAAGAACAGGGGUGGGGUGGGGGACCAGAGACCUAAGGAGAAGGCAUGUAAUCAGAAUUAAAGAACUACAGUGGUACCUCGGGUUAAGUACUUAAUUCGUUCCAGAGGUCUGUUCUUAACUUGAAACUGUUCUUAACCUGAAGCACCACUUUAGCUAAUGGGGCCUCCUGCUGCUGCCACACCACCGGAGCACGAUUUCUGUUCUCAUCCAGAAGCAAAGUUCUUAACCUGAAGCACUAUUUCUGGGUUAGCGGAGUAUGUAACCUGAAGCGUAUGUAGCCUGAGGUACCACUGUACAGGCCUAUGAGUGCAUGCUGAGCCUAGGAACUGAGUUGGGAAGAGCGCAGAAACUCCAUGGUACACAGCACAACCGGAUGCCUUCAUAUGCCUCACAGCAGGUGCUAUAACUCUACAACAGUUUCACUUCACCCCAGAAGACACACUCUUCCAUUGUCUCCUGAGACUGAUGGAUACCAACCAACAUCUAGAAACAAAUUAAGAUUUUAAAUCAAGUCCACUCCUUCUUAGCUUUCUUCAUUUCAGCAGCCUAAUUUACAUAAAAAUACUAUAUUGAAGCCAUUGUUCAAUAAUUGGGAGUCUGUAGCUCUUGCUGAUCUACUAUAGAUCCCUGCGAGAUCUACCAGUAGAUUCUGAUCUGCCUACUGCAGCUCUUUAUGAUUAUCUUGCUAAUGCCAAACCAUAUAUUAUAAUCAAAUUGGCUAUACUUUCAUAUUUCAAACACAGCUAGAAAGUCAAGAGUGGGUGAGCCUUAAUUUCAGGUCAUUUUAGCUCCUAAAACUAACUUUACUGAAGGGCUUGUGUGAAUGUAGAUGAAAGUAGGUCAGGUUUUACUCUGCCUGUAACCACUUUUCUAGAGUUUCCUACUGGUACAUUUCAUACAUGAGACAAGAAAACCAUUUUUAGUACAGUAGAUAGUAUGAUCUUGUGGUGUUGUAGCUAUAAUUUUUAAUUGGUUGCCUAUUCUUUUAAUUCUGUUGUGCUCUGCCAGAAGGCUAAAUAAAAUACCUGGUAUAUGAGCAUGGAAUGGAGCAGGACUGAACAGGCCACACACACUCGUGCAGUGCAGUUACAGAGAACAGCAUUACUGGGCAUUCCUGAGUUCGUGACAUGCCUUUGUAUCUUUUCUUGUCCUGCCUUGCUCAAUCCUGGACUAUCUAUAAUUUCAACAUUCACAAUACACUUUUAAAAGCUUUUUAAAGCAUAUUUCAGGGCAGAAGAAGAGCACUAAAAUGUGUGACAGUUCUCCGCAAUAUGUGUAACUUCGCUUUCUGUGCAAUUUUAGUUCCACUUGGGGCUAGUCUAAUACAGAAAAUUAUGUACAUGUAUCUGCAUGUAGUGUAUAAAUAGAACAUUUUACAGGAAAAGUACUACUGUGACUUGGGGGAGUUUUUUCCCCUUUCUGAUCAACUUCCUUUUUUAUAAGGGAUUCAGUAAAUAAACUGAAUAGUUAUUUUAACAUAGUUAUGUUACCUGGGUUUAAUAGCAUAUGUAGUUGAUCCCUUUUAGAAAAGGUUUAGAGAUGCAACUUUGAAGUUGCCUUGUUUCAACAAACCAUAGGUAAAGGUAAAGGGACCCCUGGCCAUUAGGUCCAUUUGUGGCCGACUCUGGGGUUGCGGCGCUCAUCUCGCUUUAUUGGCCGAGGGAGCCAGCGUACAGCUUCCGGGUCAUGUGGCCAGCAUGACUAAGCUGCUUCUGGCGAACCAGAGCAGCGCACGGAAACGCCGUUUACCUUCCCGCCAGAGCGGUACCUAUUUAUCUACUUGCACUUGACGUGCUUUUGAACUGCUAGGUUGGCAGGAGCAGGGACCGAGCAACAGGAGCUCACCCCAUCGCGGGGAUUUGAACCGCCGACCUUCUGAUCGGCAAGUCCUAGGCUCUGUGGUUUAACCCACAGCGCCACCCGCGUCCCUAUCAUUAAUUAAUUAAUUAAUUAUUAAUGUUAACUAUGGUUUGUCGCAAUUUGGAUGUCAUGGCAAACAAAGCAAAACAUUCCAGACUGCUUCUUAAGACUAUACAGAAGGAGCAAGGCUUACUGUGGCACCAUUCUUCUAUCACCAGUGUUCGAAACUCCCAUUGUUCUAGGCACAUUUUGCGACAUGGAAUUUCAUUAGCAUGAGCAGUUUCUGAGCUCUGGGGUGCAGUACUGCACCUAAGAUUUCAGAUUAAAAAUGCAGAGUGGAAGGAAAGGAGGACUUUUUCCUGUCUUCCCACUUCCAGCUACUCUCUGAAGACUGGAGAAGAGACCCUUUUAAGAAUAUUAGGGGGGUGGGCAGGGGAAGGACUAGACCAUGUGAAAAAUAAACAUACUAUUUUAGCUGCAGUUCAUUCAUUUUCAGCUUUGUAUUCUUGCUAUAUAAAAAAGCGUGCCUAGACAUUCCAUUGUUGCACCCAUAAGCUAGGUUUAAGGUGCCAUUUAGCUCCUAGUUUUCAUAUCUCAGUUUCCAACACUAUCACCAAGUCACAGUUUAGUGUUUCAUGUGAAUGAACUUUUUCAAGUCAAUAAGAACUGCAUUCUUCAAGUUACCAAUUUGUUUACUGUGCAGUAAUAUGGUAAUAUACAAAUGUUAGAUUUAGUAUCUAAGUCAGUUUUACUUUUUGCUCCUUGAAGGAAUUGGGAGGAAAAUGAAUAUUUGAGGAAGCUAAACUAGAUUGCAACAGUGCUUCAACUGCAUUCUUAACAUUACCAAAUAAAAUGGGGAAAGAAGACAAAAAGGAAACAAAGAAGCUCUUAGCAUUUGGCCUUCAAUUCGCUAUGACACCAGGGAAGAACAAAAAUGGCAUGAAAUGCUGCCUGAAUAGUCUUGGUUCUACAUGGAUGCUUCUGUUCCUAUACUAGAUUUGAGUGUGGUUUUUAUUUUGAGAAUCUUCUGAAAGGUGAUUUUUAGUCACUCUUGGUAUAAUAGACCAGAAUAUGAGUAUUCUAAGUAAAUAGCAGGUUUAAAAACGCACAUUAUUUGUAUUCUGUUUCUGGCAGUAAUACGACUUGCUGGCUAAUUUUAUUAAAUUAUUAUGUUCUGAAUUACCUCAAUUUCUGGUGACGUUGUGGAUGUGUUGUAACUUGGCUUGCUAUCUAUAGCCUAAAGUUACCUAAAUGUAAUUAUACUCCCUAAAAACAGUAAUCGUUCCUCUGCCCUUUCCUUAUUAAAGUUAGUCUGGAGUAUAUGAUGGUGCCCUAUGCCAACUCAGAUUUUCGGUUCAUAUAGCUCAAUAUUGUUGGCACUGAAAGACAGUGGCUCUUCAAGAUUUCAUGAUGGAGUAUUUUCCCCAGCCCUCCCCCGGGAGGGGGCAAGGUGGAUUGAACCUGUGAUCUCUUGCAAGCAAACAUAUGCUCUGUUGCUGAAUUACAGCCCCUCCCCAGCAUACAUAUUUAACUGUAAACCUUAGCAAUUCUGUUCUGAAAAACUUCAUAUCUGACUGGUUGACCAUUGUAUGCCACUUGUAUACUCAUUGGCAACAAAAAUCAGUCCAAAAAGAAUCUCUUUCCUUGCAUCUCUUACGCUUGAGUAGCAGGACAGUUGCUUAUAUAAAUAACGGAGAAAAUAUUUCUUUGGAAUACAGCAGUGUCACAAAAGAAGUAAGUCAUUCACCACAAUGUGCUAACUUUCUCUUAGGAAUAGCUUAUUAAGCGUAUUGUCUUGCUACAUGCCUGUGCUUUUCUUUCAGAUUGAUCCCAAAGACUACAUGUUUUCUGGACUCAAGGACGAAACAGUAGGACGUUUACCUGGGAAAGUUGCAGGGCAACAGUUUGUUAUUCAGGACUGUGAAAACUGCAAUAUCUACAUCUUUGACCACUCGGCUACAAUCACUAUUGAUGACUGUACAAACUGCCGAAUAUUUUUAGGACCUGUGAAAGGCAGCGUGUUUUUCCGCGAUUGCAAAGAUUGUAAAUGUGUAGUGGCUUGCCAACAGUUUCGUACCCGGGACUGCAGAAAGAUGGACGUCUUUCUGUGCUGUGCCACCCAACCCAUCAUUGAAUCAUCUACAGGUAUGAAGUUUGGGUGUUUCCAGUACUACUAUCCAGAGCUGGCUUUGCAGCUGAAAGACGCAGGGCUGAGCAUCUUUAACAAUACAUGGAGCAAUAUCCAUGAUUUCACACCGGUAUCGGGAGAGAACAACUGGAGUCUUCUAGCUGCGGACGCUUUAGUUCAGGACCAUGUACCACUGCCAACAGCUGAGGAACUGAAAGCUGUCAGGAUUUCAACGGAUGCCAACAGGAGCAUAAUUCCAGUUACGCAGGGUAGACGUACAAAGCACAGUGAAGAAUCUUGCCUGGCCGUAUUCUUUGCUGGGGAUUAUACAACUGCCAAUGCUAGAAAGUUAAUUGAUGAGGUAAGAAACACACGGCUGUCUCUCACAUCUUGACUUGUAUUUCUUAAAAACAAUGAAACCUUUCUAGAGACAUACGUUUAAGUGCCAAACUACUCUUUAGUUUCUAAAUGGCUGCUAGGAAGUUGUACUUAGUAUAGCCAAACUAUUGGUCCAGAUUUAUCCGUUUUCCUAUAUCCACAUUCACUGUGCAGAUACAAAAUUUACUGUGAGGGUGGGGUGCUGUAACUUCAUCCUGUAGCCUACUUAUUUCUUUUAACCUAGCCAUUGGAGAAAAUUCAUCAGAUUUGGAUAAGACCAUGGAUUGUAUCCAGUUAGCUUGCAUAAAAAAUAAUUCAUGAAAAUUAUUCCUGUUUACAAUAUUCAGUCAUUUGCUUUACCCUUGUCCCCCUAGUGAAGGAAGGGUCUCUGAUGCACUGUAUGGGGAGUGGGACUUGAAGAAGACUGCCUUGGUGGAAGGUUCUGCCGCAUCAAAUAAUUUUCCAUAGGGCACCAUUUCGUAGAAUCAUAGAAUCUUAAGAGUUGGAAGGGAUCCAGGAGUCAGCUAGUCCAACCCCCUGCAAUGCAGGAACCUUAGCUAUACCAUUUAUAUACCACCCCAUGUCAUCUGUGGAUGGGGGUUGCCUCACAUUUUUCAUUUGUGCACUUGCUGUGGAUAACCUGAGGUUCAAUAAAAUGGGGAAGAAGCAUAGGAGCCAACUCCUUGGGCCUGAGUUCCCUUCACCCCACCAAAAAAUAUUUGAGGGGACCGUCCCCUCCCAUGGUUGACGUGCAUUGCAUUCAAAUGUGGGGCAGAGCUUACCUACCCCCCUCCCCACUAUUAUAAAGAAACAAAGGGGAAGCAAAUGACUGAAUAUUGUAAACAGGAUUUAUUUAAUUUUUAAUUAUAGUCUUUAUGCAAGCAAAAUGGUAUGUUAAGUAAUAUUUAGUUAAUUUAUAUGAAAUUCUAAUUCUUGUUGAAAUAGAUGACCGGCAAAGGCUUCUGGCUAGUUCAGACUAAAGAGGUUUCCAUGAAAGCGGAUGAUGCUCGGCGAGUGUUCCAGGAAAGAGCGACUGAAUUUAUCCCUUUAGUUGAAAAAGGUAUGACUACUCCAAAAAACAAACCCUUCCAUUCCUUUAAAUUUGCUUAAUAAAACGAGUGAAGUUGUAUUCUUUGAUACAUGUUUUAAGUGUCAUAAAAAACUUUUUUUAAGGGACAUAAAAAAGCACAAUACAGUGGUGCCUCGCAAGACAAAAUUAAUCCGUUCCGCGAGUCUCUUCGUCUUGCGGUUUUUUCGUCUUGCGAAGCACGGCUAUUGGCUUAGCGGCUAUUAGCGGCUUAGCGGCUAUUAACGGCUUAGCGGCUAUUAACGGCUUAGCGGCUUUAAGAAAAAGGAAACAAACUCGCAAGACGUUUCGUCUUGCAAAGCAAGCCCAUAGGGAAAUUCGUCUUGCGGAACGACUCAAAAAACGCAAAACCCUUUCGUCUAGCGAGUUUUUCGUCUUGCGAGGCAUUCGUCUUGCGGGGCACCACUGUAACCAUAAUCUCACAUUGAGAAUACAAUUGUCAUUUGUUCUUACAUCUAAAGUUGAAAAUACAAGUUGAUAUAAGCCCUCUAGAAAUCCAAAUAGGUAUCUACAGAAAUAAUAUGCAUCAUACAUUGAGCUUGACAGGGUGCCUAAUUCAAAGGCUUUUGAUAAAUACAGCAAAACCUAGGGGUCAGAAGGUAUAAAUAUGCCUUAUAUUGCUCUGUAGGAAGCCCAUCUGGCCCUGGUGCUUUCCUGGUUUUCAUCUUAUGCAUGACAUUCUUAAUUUCUUCCAUCUGCAAAGAUUUUGCAAGAUUUUCCUUUUGUCGCAUAUCUACAGGAGAACAAACUACAAUAAGAAGUUUUGAGAAUCACAGCCUAUGGGAACAUUUUUAUCCUUAUAGGAACAUUAUCCUUCCCGUAAAAAUUGGAAUAGUACUUCUGAAACUUAAUUUAUUUCAUUUUUGUGUUUUAUAGACCAUAUUAUGUCCACCUCUAACCAGCAGGAUAAUGCUCACUUUUUUUGUUUAAAACAAAAAGUCAAUAUUUUGCCUGGUCUUUCAUGCUUUCCUAAUAUAUUUGCUGCUGAAAUUGUUGUUGGUUUAGCAAAUAAGGAUGACAAAACCUUUAGUUGCUUUAGUGUAAUGUUUUCCCCAUGAAGUCAUUGAAGCACUUUGAUUUGCAUGUUUAAAUAUAUCUUUUGAAGAAAGGCUUAUAUAAAGGAGUUAAGAAAUUUACCAGUUGCUUUGCUAAGCCCUUCUACAUAAACAUUUUCUUUUUCAAAAGGUAAACCUAAUAUUUAAACAGGCAUUAUUGUUUCUCAAACAUGUAUUGCUGGUCAAAAUGUACCGGUAUGUUAGUUCAUAUAUUUAGACUUGCGGAGUUAUUGUCUUGUUUGUUACUAUGUUAUGUAUUUUUGUGUUUUUAUACCAUAAUCUGCCCUAUGAUCCUUGGAUGAAGGGUAGUAUAUAAAUAAUAUAAAAUGAAUAUAUAAAUAAUUUUUUGGUAAAAAAUGUGAUUAGGUGGCUCAGUUUUUCUGUGGUUUUACUGAAACCUCAUUCUGGAUUGUUGGGGCAGUAGUGUUAGUAGAAGAAAAUAGUUGGGAGUACAGAGAGAGGUUCUGCGUAGGUUUCAGACUUCUGGUGUAACACUAGACUUGUUUUCUGAGAUACAGCUUUUUCUCUCAAGGACUGCUUCUGCUCUUACUGUGAAAAGAGUGCAAUAUUUUCCGUGGGCCAAAUAUCUGAAAAUUCCUAAUGACAAAAAUACUGUCUUUUUCUUAGGUCCCGUUGUUGCGCUAGAGUUCUGUGGUGACGGUUCUGUAGCAGCGUGCCAAGACAUUGUUGUUAAUGUCUUCAGUGGAGCGAAGGUGAGUAGCAGCACAGGUUCUAGAAUUUUCUAGAACUAUUGAUCUCAUUUGCAAGUUACUUUAGUUAUUGAAAUAUAGUUAUUCACAAGAGUGCUUGAUUCUGAAACCAGAUUGUUUUUUAAUUCAAUGCUAACUUUCAAAAUUAAGACUACUUUUUAACACUUUAUCCCCUCCUUCAUCGAAGGAGCUCAGGGAAGCAUAUGUUUCAGCCCUUGGCAAGAGGCUUAAUAGAAGCAUAGUGACUGGUCCAAUGCAUUUGCUUAACUACAGCCUGCAGUAUCCAAAUUGACAAACUGUGGUUAAUGAUAACUAUGGUAUGUUUGAAACAAGCCAACUACAAAACAUGUUUCUCUCACUUUGGUAUUACUGUUUUAUCCAGAAUUUAAGUUGGCUUUUAACUUGAAUUAACUCAGUAGUAGGAGUGGCUUAACAAUAUGAUCCAUUUUUUAAAAAAUAGAAUCUUGUAUAAAAUCAUCUGGUUGAGGGCAUGUUAGUGAUUUUCAUUUUCCUUUUAAACUACAGGUUUUUGUAUCGGAGGACAAGGCAUCAGCUUCCAGAGAAGUAGACAGCUUCUAUAAUUUUGCUGAUAUGCAGAUGGGAAUGUGAAGUAGACAUAAGCAUCUUAUUGACGAUUGAGAUGUACUUUAGGUUUGUAUAGCACUCAGUUGAUAGUCGGACACUUUGAAGAAAAACAAGAAGUUGCCUUUACAAAAAAAAAUUUUUUUACAUUAAAUGCAUCCAACAAAUAACAGGCCACAUAUCAGAUACCUUUAUAAGCUCUUUAGUGCUCACCUGCUUAAGUCCAAUUCUUUCUUGCAUAUAAUUUUUCAAUGUUAUAAGCCUGGCAGUCUGUUCGGUAUGUUUGGUAAAAUUUAGGAGAGAGCCCUUUGGUUUUUGUCAAAAUUAAAACUUAUUUGCAACCCAAGUUCACUCCACAGGUACCAUAAUUUAAACUUUUGUAGGUGAUAUGCUUUUACAGAAUACAGAAAAUUUUGCUAAAGUGACACACACCUUGAUUUUUCAGUGGGAACGAUCUAAUGUACUUCACUCACACUGAAAUCAAUAUGGCUGACUUUGGAUUGUUCCCCUUGCAUGCAAGUAGCAGAGAUGAGAAAUUACAGCUUAAUUUUUUGUGCUAAAGUCUCAGGUUCUACACUGACUUAAAGUAUAUUUAGUGGCUACACUUUAAAUACUCAAUCACUGCGGAAGUGCUUGCAGAGUUAGUAUUCCUACAGGGGACUUAGUACCUCUUGGUACUGAGCGCUGCUUUGAAUUCUUGCAUUAAGAGUAAUUUUUCCAAAUGUAUUAAAUUUAUGAAAAGCAGGGUGAGCCUCCUUGCAUAAAAAUCUAAAGUGGGAGCUUGCAAAUCCUGCUUUUUGGUCCUCCAAAUCUACCCUGAACUUGAGUGUUGAUGACUUCACUCUGUUUUGUUUGGUGCCAUCUCCAAGCCCCUGUUAUAAAUGUUAACUUCUAUCUCAAACGUCGAAGGAAGAUGCAACUGCAGGACUUUGCGCUGGUUUAGAAUAUCAAAAUAAAGAUGAAAGAUUAACAAGAUAAUGCAAUCAGGUUUACUCAUUCUGAGUGCAACACGAUGGCUUAGAGUACAAAUCAUGUCUCUUGGCUAUGCUUAAUCUGGAAGGUGGCAUGUUAAGUACAAAGUAGGUGUACUCAAAAGAUUGUAAUUAUACUGAAAUCUGUAGAAACCGGUGCUUUAUACAAGCUGUAAAAAGAAAUAAUUUUCUUUCUUUUUCUUCAACUGUAUAAAUAUGUGCUAUAUGGAAAUAAGGGUUUUAUCUGCUAGAAUAGUACUAUAUGCUGGAUAAAGACAACAUAAUUUUUACCUGAAGCUUUAACAGGAAAUAACUUUUAAAAUCAGAGGAAAUGCUCUGCAAUGUGUAGGGAGAGAUAAUUUGUCAAAUCAUUGAAGGUUUUUAAUAACAUUUCCUAAUUUCUUUUUAUACUGUCAAAAUUGAAGGAUUCUGUGUAGUUAAUUUCUGGAUCUUUGUGAAUUAUUGCUUAUUCUUUAUAAGGUAAACUGUUCAGUUAAUUCAUUGGUAUCAUACUACAGUAAGUGCUUUAUCAGGGUUUUGUAUGUUUGUUAUGGCUUUUAUAAUGCCUUUUUUGUCUAGCACUUGUAAAAUGUGAUUUAUAAUAAAUAUUUAAAUGAAAAAGCCCUGUAACUUUUUAAUUAAAGAUGUAGGGGUGUGUGUCAUGAUCUAAACGAAUCUGUUCACGGUUGUGUAACUAAUUUAAUUGGUCUCAUUGCCGCCCUCUUGUCACUUUAUUUAGCUGAGCUUUGUCCUUUAAAAUUUGACGUUAUAUACUUCAUGUAGCAACUGAUAAUGAGCUGGAUCCAGACAAGACUGAGCCAGGACACUUUCACAACAGGGCUUCUGACUCUCCCACUAUUUUCUUUUAAAAGCCUGACAGGAAGGUCCAAACAGGGCCAUCCUUAGAACGGGCAAACUGGGUGGUCCCCCUGGGUGCUGAUCAGAGGGGAACACCAAACUGAGCUCAGUGACUGCAUUUUUAAAAAAUGUAUUAUCUGCAGUGAGUUAGGACAGCAAAAAGAAAGCGUAUGUAAGCUUUUCAAGAUUCGAUAACUACAAAAAUUAUAUUUCAGUUAGCUUUAAAGUAUGUUUCUUUUUUCAGUUUGCACUUUUUUUACCUAGCACAAAGGAUGUCAAUGGAACAUAGCAUUAUUAUUAUUUUUUUUGAGGCAACGUUGCCAAGCACUUAGCCCCUCAAAUACUACAAGCACUGUAUAAUAAUAUUAAGCUGUAAGAAGUCAGCUAGAUAGGUCUUUAUGUAUAUACCGUACUUUUCCGUGUAUAAGACAAGGUGUUUUUACUAUGAAAUGUUCAAAAUUGGGGCUCGUCUUAUACACGGUUAGUGCAGAGGGGUGAUGAGUGAUUGGUUGCAGCCGCGAGCAGGAGGUUGUCAGUGGCAAUUGGGUGGGUGAUUGGUGUCUUUGGCAAGGGCUUCUUUGGAUUGGCUGCUGCUGUGUCCAUUGGGUUGUUGAUUGGUGGCUGUGGCAAGGUCUGCUGUGGAUUGGCUUCCGCUGCGGCAAUUGGGCGUGCGCUUGGCGAUCGGGCAGAUGCUUAGUGGCUUUUGUGACGUGUGCAAUUGGCAGCGUUUCAGUCCAGUGAUUUUUGGCAUCUCCCCCCCCCAAAAAAGCUCUUCAAGUAUGGCCAACCCCCCCCCCCCAAAAAGCUGAACAACUUUGGGCAACCCCCCCCCAUUUUCUUAAAUUGGAGUCCCCCAAAAUAGGGGGCGUCUUAUACACAGAAAAAUACAGUGUGUAUAUAUAAAAGAGAUAAAAUGGAUAUUCUUAAAUAAUGAAUGCUUAUCAAAAGAUAGGAACUGCUAUACAACAGCUUUGGCUUGUGCAAACUGGCACAGUGGCUGAAAGAGCAAGGUUUUGACCAAUGUCCUCCUUGGCGGAUAGGAUAGCAAGUGAUGUGAGCCUUUCAUCUGCCAUGGUAGAACAUGAAUACGUUUCAGUAAGCUUCAGUUUUCAGAAGCUACGCUUGCCGCUGACAACUCGAAGUGUCAGGAGAAAUGAUACUGCUAUCCAGAUGUUUGGGAAUACGUAAUUUGUUUCACUAUAAUAGAGUUACUGCAGGGCAUCUUGCGAGUUUUCAAGGAGGUAGCAUCUGAUGGAGAUGGCCCAGCUCAACACAAAUAUCUGCACCAUCAAUGUCAGAGCAGUUGCCAUUUGUGAGAUCCAUAUAGUGGGUGGUAAGCUUCUCUUCUGGUAGCUUUUCAAGGCUGUAUGAGAAUCCCCAUGUGAGAUUCAAGCUGCUCAGCUCACUCUUCAGCUGAAAUAUGAGCGGAGUCAGAGUGUAGAAGAACUGCUUGAAAAUUUCUGCUUAGACCAUUGCACUUAAAAUCAUGAAUUUGACGCUCGUAUUCAAGCUGCCGCAUCUUGCAGUACUUAUGUGGGGGCUCCUCAAAAGUGGAAUUGACAUCAAGGACCUCUUUUGCUGUGAUAAUGACUCCUGCAUCACUUUCCCUAUACAGUGGUACCUCGGGUUAAGUACUUAAUUCGUCCCGGAGGUCUGUUCUUAAUCUGAAACUGUUCUUAACCUGAAGCACCACUUUAGCUAAUGGAGCCUCCCGCUGCCACCGCACCGCCAGAGCACGAUUUCUGUUCUCAUCCUGAAGCAAAGUUCUUAACCCGAGGUACUAUUUCUGGGUUAGCGGCGUCUGUAACCUGAAGCGUAUGUAACCCGAGGUACCACUGUUAUAAUGAGAUGAACUCCACACAUUUCUUCAUGAGCGAAGGAGCAGUUGUGAUGUCCAUUGUAAGGCAUUGUGUAGUUUUAGUUGCAGUAUAUACGUGGAACAUAUCAUACCUUGAUAUCAAGUCCAUCAGUUGGCCUGCUAGGCACUGUGCUUCAUGGUAAAGACCUGUGUUUGCUUGAGAUGACUGCUAAUUCCAUCAGAGCAUCAUAAACUUAUUUUGUUUUGAUACUAAAUAGGCUUCAUAUUGCCUUUAUGACUUUGUCAGUGUCUACUCGUUAGCUUCAUAGUGAGGUUGGAUUCAUGGUCUUUUAGUAUCUGCCACCAUUGAACAGAGAAUAGCACAACAGGUUUGUACAUCUAAAAUUCCUUCUUCCUUACUGGUGCUCUUAUUAAUCCUACAUUUUCUACUUAGGAUUGCCUUUUGCAUCCUUCUAUUAAAGACUUGGUCUUUAAUGAGUUUAAGCAAUGUUUCAUCUCAGUUGUUUCUCAAGCACAUUUCCUUGGAGAUGCCAUGUUGAUAAUGGACUCCAAGUACACAUCAUCUCAGAAGCUUCCAGCACUAAGAGCUAUCAAACUUGAUACAUAUUACUUAAUUUGGAAGGGAGUAUAUUAAAGUGAAAUAUCUGAUCUUACUCAUAUUUCUCUCGGAUAAAAACUGAAAAUUAUUGUGUAGAACUUAACUGCAUGAUAAAAAUGUUCAAGACAAUACAAAUUCUCAAUGUGGCAAAACUGGUUGGAUGAGUAAAAACCAUAUUCUUGAACACUACUGCAUAAUAACUACUUACUACUGUGUGUUCUGGUCAGAGCUCCUUUUCAGCAUACAGGCUUCAUAUUAAUCCCUAUAAAUAAAAGUGGUCCAUCUGUUUUGGUCCCUUAAGUAUAGCUGGUGAAUAAAUUGCUGUCCACCCAUAGAUGGUGUGGCUAUAUAACCCAGUACACAACUCUGUUAGGGUUAUGCUCAAAGAAAUGUGUAGUUAAGUAGCCUGCAAACAUUCACACCAAGCAGCCACUUGUGAGAUUUGUAUGCAUUAAAGUGAGAAUAUAUUUACUAUAUCAACAUGGGUCUUCAUCCAGGGGAAAUGUCUGCAUUAGAGCCCUUUUACACAAAGCCAGGCCUCAAUUACACUUUUUACAAUUCAAAACUUGAAACUAUUCAAAACUUCAACCCAACAGCAAUAUGUGUCAACUACAAAGCUUUGUGGCUGGCUGGCUAGCUUUGUAGUUGGUCAGGGGUAAAGAUGGCCAACAAACUUUCCAAGAUCAUUUGUUGUAAGGUGGAAGUUAGGGAUCUACUGCAUAAGUGCCUAAAAGCUUACAGUAUGAUUUCAUAGUGGAGAAUUGUGGUUCAUCAGUGAUCAGAGCUGCAUUACAUUCUUUUAAGGGAAUUGUCCAGGUUAGGUAGCAGGCUUUACCUCAAAAAAGGUGAAGUAGACAUGGGGAAUCUGCAGCCCAUAGGUCAGAUUUGGCCUACCGGGAUUCUUGAUUUGGCUUGUGAGACUGUUUUGCCUCAGCUAUGCUCACUGCCUCACAUCUGAGGUGUUGGAUGGGUAAAGGCAUAGUUCAAAGGAACACCUGGGAGCCAAUUAUUCCUUUAAAAGCUUCAGUGUUUGUUGCCAAAUGUAAACACCACUGGGAACAGCUUCACUCAGGAGCUGCCAACUGGAGCUAAUCCCUAUAGACUGCAAGCUGCAUCGUCAAAGGAUGGCUUGAAGGAGGUUUAGACCAAUUCAUGUCAUCACUCCAUGCCUUUGAAUACCAGUUUCUGGGAAUCGCGUAGGGAAGGCACUGUAGCACAAAGGUUCUUGAUUGUGGGCUUUCCCUAGGCAUCCAGCUGGCCAAUGUGAAGCAUUUUUUCAUGUGGAAAUUGGAACCUAGCUCUCACCUACUAUACCAUUUUUUAAAUUUUAUUAAAAACUGGCACCUGUAUACCUGCAGCAGUGUGUAUGUACCUUGAUCUGCUAAUUUCAUUUUUCUCAGCACCCUAUUUCUUACAGCUAUUAUGAUCACACUUUUAUACUUGAUAGAAGCAAAGUUGAUCUUUUCUCCCUUGUUUUUUAUUUGUACUACUGUGGUAUUUCAGAGCUGGUGUGCUGCAUCAGGCUAUCAUUUUGUUUUGAGUAAUGCCUCUCAAUUUGACCAUCCCAGGUCAGUUUCAUCUCCAUGUGUUUGAAUUUCAGUUAUAUGUGCUGUUUUAUCAAAAAUUAGCUGGAAGUUUUAGUAGUUCUCAGGCCACUUCCUCACUUCACGUUACCUUUGACCCCGUUCUUUCACGCAUGGGGGAGUCUCCAUUUACACAAGUGACUGAACAUGAUUCAGCAGCUCAAAAGCAUCCAUUUCCUUAAUGCUUACUAGCAGAGAAUGGGAGGCUGUGAAGCUGUGGUCCUGAAAGGUGCUCUAGUUCCUGCUGGGCUACUUAUGCCAUCAGACUGUUCUGACUUGCAUUAUUAUUACUAAUAAUAAUAAUUUAUACUCCACCCAUCUGGCUGGCUCUCCCCAGCCAUUCUGAGCGGUGUAUAGUGCAUAUAAAACCAUAGCAAAACGUCAAACAUUAAAAACCUCCCGAUACUAUUCUAGCUUCCUCAGAAGUUUCACAAUCUCUGCAAACUACACAAUAAAAGAACUAUGAAGCUGUUCUUGUUUCCAUGUGCAUUUUAGGAUUCUGUACUAUUUAAAACACUGCUAUUGAGGGCCAAAAGAGGGAAUUCUCCAAAGUCCCAGUUUCUUCCCCAAGUAGCCAUGCAUGAGGUUGCCUUCCUCCUCGUCGUCUGCUUGGAGCAAGCAUUUCAUCUUCCAGCUUCUCGGGCGGAGGGACAUAUAAACUAGACUCGCCAUAGGAAAAUUCCCCCUGGGUAGCUGAGCCUCGAGAGCAGCGGGCAUCCUUGCUUUCAUCGUAAAAAGUAAAUACUCUUUUAAGAUGGGAGGGACGGCGGACGCGCGAUGGCAGAGCGCGCGCUGCUGCUGCAGUCCUUGGCACCGAGUCCCUCCUGAGGUUUUUGCGAAUUGACGGGGGGGGGGGCUCGGACUGCUCAGGACGACGACGGAUCACCAAGAGGAAGAAAUCUAGUAAGUCGGUGGGGGUUGCAGGUGGCGGAGCAGCAAGCAGCAGCCCCACCGACCGAGCUCGGGUAAAGAGAGCUGGCACAGGGUGGGAGAAGGAUGGGAAGGGAAGGGGAAGAGGAGGAGCUUGCGAGGCGGCGGUGGCGGCGGCAGCAGCUCCAGCAGCAAGCAGAAGCGGCAGUGUCAAUAAUACAAUAGGGCUCUUGUGCCGCCGCCUGGCCUGCCAAGAGGGAGACUGCAAGGGCACAGGGCCUGCUCGCCCCUACGAGCGACGGGGGGGACGGCGGGGGGCGCUCGCGGCGACAGGCUUGGCCAAGCGACAUGCCGGAGCGCGGGGCCGGCCCGUAGCCACGGAGCGCCCAGGCCGAGGCAGGCGGGAAGGAGCCGAAGAGGAACCGGGGAGGGCGGUGGGGAAGAAGAGGAGGAGAUGGACGGCGUGAAGUAGCAGCGGCAGCCUUGGCCCCUGGGCUGGGGAGUCUCGGGGCGCGCAAACGCUGCUGGCGCCGCCCGCCCCAGAGCCACAAGGUGAGUCGUGGGGCGCAGUGCCGCCCGUGGCGCAAGGUUGCCUUGUGGGGUCGGACAAGGGAGAGCGGCGUUUAUUUUAUUUUUUAAAAAAACAGGUGGUCUCCUCUCCCGGGGAGGCUUCGGGGCGCUCGCCGGCGCGGCCUAGGUGGGCUGGGGGAGAAAGGGGAGAGGUGGCGGCCCUAGGCCGUGCGUUGUUGGGUGGCGCUUCUUCCCCAGUAUUGCCCAUCCCCGCCUCCGCGUUGCGCGCGCCCCCUCCUCCUCCUCCUCCUCCUCGGGUGCAGGCGGCGUUUGGCGCCAAGGCCUCGGGGCUCGAGUCACGUUGGCGGGGCGGGAAGGGGGCAGGGCGUGCAAGAGGUGAGCGAGGAAGAGGAGCGGCAGCCGUAGCGCCGCCUCAGGUAGAUGUUUACGCGUCACGACACGUGGUUGUGCGCGCGUGGUUUGUGUAUGUGUGGUGUCCAGCCAUGUGGUUGCGAAUGGGCCGGGCCCAUAAGUUAUCCUUUCUCUCCCCGCUGCAAAAAAAAGAAAACCCUGACUGAGUUGGGGGUGUUUUUUGUCUUCACGUGUUAAGUGAUCAGAAGGAUUCCAUGGUUGUGGGCGUUUUCCAGGCAGUAUUUCUCCUCUGUAUGUAAAGUGGAACAUCCUUUGUUCUGAAAAGUUUCUCUUUAUGGCCUGAUCUAUUGCUGUCUCCAAACCGCAUGAGCCUGUGGCAAACAGUUAGUGACCUCACACCUAAUGAUCUGGGGUGUGCUGCUCAGUCCAGUGCUUUUUUCCUAGAAAAAAAAAAGGUGCCGGUACUCACCAUGAAGUUGUUAAAGUAAGUGCCACACUUUUUAACAACAAAAAGCACUGAGUAGAUCUAAAUGUUUUGGAGAAAACAUGUCAUAGGCUUCACAUGCAUAGGCUUUGUAUACUGGUGUGGUGCCAAAAAUGGCAUUGCAAUCCUCUGUAUGUUUAUUGUGGAGGAAGUCCCACUGAACAUAAUGCAUGCUUCCGUUGAAUUGCACCUUAACUGGUGGAUGUAGUAUUUGUAAACUUAGGUCUCAGGUUUUUCUAGCUAAGCCAUUGAGGUGUUGUAUGCUUGAUUGCCUUCUAAUACUAGAUGCAAAUCCUGUAGUGAAGUUCAUAUUAACUCAUCCAGGAAACUAUUCCAACAGGUGUUGAAGAGACUAGUAUUUGUGUGAGCUUAACUUUGGAUAAAGCACAACUUGGGGUGGGUUGUCAUCCAAUUUGUUUUUGUUUUUUAGUUUAAUAGAAAUUUUAAAAUGCAAAACCUAUCACUCGUUGAACAAAUCAUCUUUAGUCUGCUUAUUUUCAUCCCCUAUUACAGUAUCAUCCCAGAACCAACAUUUGCAAGAGUGCCUUCACAAUUUAAAGUUGCCCCACUAACAUGGUUGUAAUUCUGUAUACACUUUGAUGAGAAUAAGUCUCAUCAAACUCUGAAACUUCUCAGUAGAUAUGUAUAGGAAUGUGCUAUAAUUAACUAAAGGCAUAGUUGAUUGAGUAAAGCUUUUCAUGGAGAAUACAGAAGCUAGCAAGUGACUUUCUGGGCUCAGUUGGUUUUUAUAUUAUUCUUGGUCUUUAUAUUCCUGCUGGUAAUAAUUAGAUAGUACCUACAGCUCACCUAGUGGAGCAGUGUUUGCAUUAAUUAGCUGCUUGACCAUUGAUCAUAAUGCUACUCACGUUCUGGUAACCUCCGGUCUGGACUACUUCCAUGUCUGCUAUGUGAAGCAGCCUUUCAAAAUGGUUUGGAAACUGUACUUCAGAAUCCUGUCACCAAGCUGCUAACUGGGACCAGGUAUUAUGAUUACAUCUCACUUGUGUUGAAAUAACUCCACUGGCUUCAGGUCUCUUUCCAAGCUCAAUUCAGAAUACGGGUGCUUGCUUUUAUUAAAAUUCUAUGCAGCUUGGAUGGAACCUGACAUAUUUCUGGACAGUCUUUCUGUACCAGUCUACUUGAUCACUGAGGUUGUCAUCAGAAGGCUCUUUUUGUGAUGCCACCACAUUCUGAGGUACGGCAGGUGGUGUUGAAAGAGGAUGAUUUAAACAGGAGAAAUUCCAGCUGGGAGUGGGGGAAAAAAUUUCACUUUUGCUGUAGCCUUCCAUAUUGUGCUCAUAACUUUGUCCCAUUGACAUCAGUGGUUCUUAAUUCUGAACAAGUGUCUUCAGGGAUGCAAGCGUGGCAUGCAGAGACAUAAAAACACUUUGGGAAAUCAAUGUACAGUCGUACCUUUGAAGUCGAACGGAAUCUGUUCCGGCAAUCCCUUCUACUUCCAAAAUGUUCGAAAACCCAAGCACGGCUUCUGAUUGGCUGCAUGAAGCUCCUACAGCCAAUUGGAAGCCCCAGCGGACAUUCGGCUUCCAAAAACAGUUCGCAAACCGGAACAGUCACUUCCGGGUUUGUGGUGUUCAGGAGCCAAAACAUUUGGGAACUAAGCUGUUCGAAAACCAAGGUACAACUGUAUUAAAAUUAAAUUAAAAAUCAGAACACCUUGUUUCAGCCAGCUGAAGGUUUGAGGCCUUUUCUGCCCAACAUCACUGGCUACAAUUGAACUGGAAUUUGAUAAUGCAGAAUAGUAAUAGCUUUAAAGAUUCCCGUGAUAAAUUUUCUUUCUUGGAAAGAAAAUUGGAUUUUCUCCACGUGUUCUCUUCUUCACAUUUGUGAAACUUACUGAAUUAAAGAAGUGGAAUAGGAAGAAUGUCUCCAAUUGGGCCUAAUUUUUUUUUACAAAUGAUACAUGAGGAGAAGGGCCAUAGCUUAGUGGUAGAGACAUCUGCUUUGAGCGCAUAAGGUCCUAGGUUCAAUUUCUGGCAUCUCCUAGUAGGGCUGCAAAAAGGUUGCUUGUCUGAAACCUUGGAGAGCCGCUGCCAGUCAGUCUAGACAAGCCUGUCUCAUUCUUAUGUCUUAUGUCCCCAUGUGAUGUUGUAUUACAGCUCCCAUUUUCCCUAGCUAGCAGGGCCCAGUGUUCAGGGAUGAUGGGAGUUGUAGUCCAACAACACCCAAGGUUGAGAAAGACUGGUAUGGAGACAGUACUGAGCUAGAUUAACCAAUGGUGUGACUCAGUGAAAGGUCUUCUAUAUUUUUCUUUACAGUGGUACCUCUGGUUGCGAAUGGGAUCCAUUUCAGAGCCCAGUUCGCAACCUGAAAGGAACGCAACCCACGUCAGCGCACGCGUGGGUCGCGAUUUGCCACUUCUGCGCAUGCGCGUGAUGUCAUUUUGCGCACAUGCGCAAGCGGCGAAACCCGGAAGUAACCCUUCCGGGUCGCCGCCGGGCGCAACCUGAAAAUGCGCAACCUGAAGCAAACGUAACAUGAGGUAUGACUGUAUUUCUAUGUAUUUCCUGUCUUCUAUAUUUUCAAAAUCAAUAGUCUUUUCAAGGGACAUAAGUGCUUUACAGCAACAAAUAUUUUAAGUGUUAUUUUAAAUCCAGGCUGAAGGUUGGAUAGUUAGCUGUGGAUGAAAAACAACUAGACAGCUGACCAGCGGGUUGUUAGGCCUUGUCCAGGGAAGUGGGUUUGGCUUCAGGUUGGUGUUUGCAAUUUUCAAGCACUUCGGAAAGAUUUUGGGAAACAAAAUGCAACUUUGGAGGCAGGAGUUUGCCUCUUUACCAUCAUCCCUGACCACUGGUCCUGCUAGCUAAGGAUGAUGGGAGUUGUAGUCCAAAAACAGUUGGAGACCCAAGUUCGGGAAACCCUGUUCUAGAACAAAGGUGAACUGUUUUGCUUUUGUUAAAUUUCGUAUGGUAAACAGACUGGCUUCGUUAGUUUCAAAUGUAGCAAUUCUAAAACAUUGCCCUGCUUUCUGAUGAAAUCUGAAAAUGAAACAAUUACCUGAUAACAGCAUCUUGGAGGAGAGCUGAGAAACAGAAUGUGCCUGCUGGAUCUUCAUUUUUUUAUUGAAAGGAGUCAAAUGUGCCCCCAGUAUUUAUGUAUGAUUGAUAAUCAAUCCACUGCCUCUUAUUGUAGUUCAUUCUUCCUUCCUCUAAAUAUUUGAUCCUUCUCUUAGGGGAAAAGUGAGCUUUAUGUUUCAGUGAUCUAAUUUCAGUGUUUAAGAUGUCGUGGGAUGGCACUGGGACAUAUUGAUCAUGUAAAAAGAACCCACAUGAGUACUUUUCAGGUUAUAUUUUGAUCUAGCAAAAGGAAGGGAAGAAAUGUUUCAUGUGUCUAUACAACUAGAACUGACAUGAAGGCAUAGUGCUUAUACAUCUUUAUUCUACAGGAAGAAAGAUGCCUGAACAUACUAUAAUACCAGAAUCAAAGUAACUGAUGAGUAAUAGUUCAAUAAAUUUUUCAGGUCUAGGGACAUUAGCAACCACAGUAAUUAACCAUUGAAUUCUUUUAUUUUUGUUUCCCCAGCAGUUGACAGUUUGCAUCAGUUAUUUCUAGUACACCACUAUAACUCAUAAUUGGUAGGUUUGGAGGUCAGAUCAGGUAGGUCAGAAAAUGUGCAAACUGUAUAAUUAUUGCAAUUUACACCAAGGCUGAUUGCAAGUUAAUUUGUAGUUGGUGUGCAUGUGAAUUCAGAAUCGCUAGGGAUAAAUGGUUGCUAUCUCUGCUAAUGCUCAGAUUGAUUGCAGUAACCUUUUACUUGUUAAAGGAAGCGAGAGAAUCCCAUUUUCAAUUCGCAAUAUAUGUGUGCCAAAUUAUUUUAGUCUUUCAGUAACUAUUUAGAAUAAUAUUUCAAAAAAGGGUCAUGAGAUAUAUUUUUUUCUGGUAAAAAAUUCACAUGUCUCUCUUACAUACUUCUUGUUUCAGUGUAAUCCUUCCUAUGCAGGGUUACACGCUCAGAAGCAAACUCGGCUGAGUGCAAUGGGACUUACUUAUGGAUAGCUGUGUAAGAAGGAUUCCUCCACCACAACACUUGCUGCUCUACCACUUCCUCCUGCCAACAGCCGCAGCUACUCUUUUGAGAGUCAUCCCAACUGUAAAAAAAGGAAGAAGGAAAAAAAACCAGGAACAAACAAAACUAGCCAAGAAGGGGGCAUAACGAUGCAUGAUGUUGCAGGACACAUGAUGAUGGCAGAAUUUGCACAACAUGUUCUGCGAUUGCACUUUCCAAUACACUUGUGCAAAAAUAUUAUAGGAUCUCUUUGGAAAAGUAUAUUUGGCCAAGAUUACACCAAUAGUUUCUAUAAACAGCGAGACAGUUACAAUUUCUAGUGCACUAAGUUCAUCCAUCCUUAGUUAUUUCUCCUAAUCUUGGCCCUAAUUUUUUUCCUGCUUGUUACACAAUUUUUCAUUCAAAUUGGGAAAAGCUUCAUAGUGAUUUAGUGUUAUUAAUGUUAUGUGUUGUCCCAAGUUUGAGAUCAAUCAAAAUUCUGUGAUAGUUGAAAGAUUACUCAACCGAUCAGGCUUAUAUCAAGAGCUGAUGGUACUAAAUUUAUAUAUUGCAGUUUAUUUCUUUAAGAUACUGGUGAAAAUGCAUACAUAUUGUUAACUGAAAAUGGAAGCAGAUGCUUCUUAUCUCUUCACAGCCAUGUGUGAGACUCAUUCACAUAGCGUUAAAAUGGGGUUUAGUGCUGUAUCCAAACACAGCCAGAAUGUGUCUCCUCCACAGAAUCCAUAAACUGCUUUUUGUAGUCCUUAACCUUUGAAGAUUUAGGAAACGAACUUCUAAAAAAGGAAAGCCUUCUCUGUUCACAAAUGCUGUAUUUCAGAUUUCCUCUUUUUGGAAAGGUAAGAUGUGUAUUAUAUUUGGGGGUUUUGAAGACAAUAUGUAUUGCAGAAGCCCUUUAUUCCUAUUUUCUAAAUUCAUUUUCCCAAGCCCUUUCUAACUAAUGUGCAUUAUUAUUUGAAACUGGUACAGUUUUUUCCACACACCCUGCCAUCAUUUGUGCUGGAGUUUUCCACUGCAGUGUUUUUUUGUUUGUUGGCGGAAAAGCUACCAAAUGGAUCAGAUUGAAAAUGACUUUCGUAGAAAGCGAAACUGACAAGAAUUAGAGAUGAUCAUUUUGCUGCUGUUGGUCAUUUUUCGCCGCUUUUCCCACAGGCAGACACAGGGCAGCUAUUCACUGAGGGGGUGUCUCAAAUGUGGUAGGGAAGUAAAGAACAGUGCUACUUGCUAUAGUCCGGAAGGAAGUUAACACAGAAGCGUUCCUUUCUAGCAAGUGACUGAAUGGAAGUGGGUAAUGAAAAGACAGAAUUAUUGUAAAGGGAAAUGUAAACAUUGUCAAGUAUUUAAGCAACGAAGCAGAAACAAUUUCGGUAAAUAAUAUAUAGAGAGAUGAGCUAUUAACUUGAAUUCUUUAGCGGCAAAUUAGUGCAUUCUGGAAACAGAAUAAAAUGGAUACUCUUGAUGGAUACUGCAGGUUGGUUUACUUGUGCUUGUUGUUGCAGUUCUGAAACAGCAAGCAGGGUGUGGGUGUGUAAAAAACAUUCGCGAGUUUUGUUCAAUCAAACUGUAGGCUUAAAUACUUGGAAGUUACGGAUUGGCAUCUGUAACUCUUGUUGGCAUGAGCACAAAUUGAAGAAAUAAUUCUUUUUUACAAAUUGCAGAAUGAUCUGAAAUUCUGAGUGGCAGUUCUAGAAGUCCAGUGAAUUUUAAGGAGAGGGGGUGCUAUUUUCCCACAAAAUCAGAUGAACAUUUCAUAUUGGAUAAAUGAAGUUUUAGAAUUUCCUACCAGAUUGCCUACCACCUUGAUAAGCAUCCAUUGUUCUUAACUGGUUAAUUACUUUGCAUGGUGGUUUCUGGCCCACAAUGGAGAGCUUCAGGAUAAGAGUCCUUGUUCUUUCGCCCUUCAGCUCAUUCCAGAGGUUUGUGCCUUCAAUCAAACUGCAGGCCUAAAUACUUGGGAGUGGGGAAUGUAAUACACAAAACCUACCCAUUGCUUACAUUUCAUGUCUUUAAAAAUAUUUAAAUAAAAAACCCAGCUAUUUCUGCAGUCCUAAAAAUGGCAAAAUAGUUCUUUAAAUUUGCUGUGUAAAUGUAAUAUUAUAGUGUGCCAAUCUUGGUUCUACAUUUUCUUACAAAUUUUGCAUGUUCAAUUUACCUUGUGUCUAAAUGGCCCUCACAUUAUAGUUAAUAUCUUCCACAAGGUACUGAUAUUAAUGAAAAACAAUUUUAGCUAUUAGAUUUCCAAUUUAGCAUUAUUAUGCUGAUUUUUAAAAUGCACAUUUCACACAGUCGCUAAUUUAAUUUGAGACUGUACUUCAGUCCUCACAAUCAAUAUGUGCAUUGAGGAAACAAGCAGAAAGUAAGUUAGAAAAGUACUUUACAACCAUGAAUGACUCCCUGUUAGUUAGUAUUUGCCAAAUACAGUACUAAAUCCAUAGAUGGUAAAUCUACUGCAGCAUUCUCAUUCAAUUUCAUUUCAAUAUUUGUAUCCCAAUUUUUCUUCAUUUUUGGUUGAAACGAAGCAUCUCAUACAUGUUAAGAGAUUUUGAGUGUAGAAAUAGAUAAUCCGAAGUGGAUUCAUUUGGUCAGACUGUGUGGAUAUUAUAUCAUCGUUGUGUUUCGUAACUGCAGUUCUAAAAGCGCACAAGAUCCCCCAACUUUUGAGGAUCAGAUUUGUAAUCAUUUAUAUUUAUCAUAGUUUGGGUAUACACUCUAUUCAGCUAUGCCCAGUGUUGUGGUGCAGAUCUUUUGAAUGGGAAUUAUUUUACUAUGGUAAAAUUCUGUACACUUAUUCGGUGAGGCUAAGAAUAUUGUUGUGAAUGAAAAUAUUAACUCACUUGUUUGUUGCCUCAUAGCAAAAUCAGUCAUGCUUAUUUGGCCAACUUAGUUCUUUUUCUUAUGGUUUGUGCCUGUACCUCUGCAUAUACAGCAGUAGCUCAUUUUUCAAACGUCUCCACUUACGAACGUUUUGGUUUUCGAAUGCCAUAAACCCGGAAGUAAAUGCUUUGGUUUUUGAACACACCUCGGAAGCUGAACAGGAAAUGUGGCUUCUGUUUUGAGUUUUCGGUUUUCGAACUUUUCAUAACUCGAACGCUCUUCUGGAACGGAUUAUGUUCAAAAACCGAGGCACCACUGUAGAUAUUUUCUAAACCCAUUGGAUCUAGGAGGUGUAUGUAUUGUACACUCUUUAUUCUCCAUAUGUUUAAGCAGUAGUUUUCAAGCUUUAGUUCUAAGAUUCCUAGGAAACAAGGGAUUCUGCAAUUAGCAGAUAAAAUUCUAAUAGAGCUAGGUUGACCACUGGUACCAAUUCACCUCAGCAAUGUCUCACCAAAAGAUUGAUUGGCUGUUUGUGCACUGUGCAGUCAAUUAACUUGGGAUGGUAGGUAUUAUGUACUGAAGUUCUCACCCUGGGCCAGCAGGGGGAUACUGUAGAUAGUUUUCACUCAGGUCCGUAUAUGCAAAUAAGGGAUUGGAAGUGACGUUCAGUGAUUGGAUAGUUACAGAAAGUGUUACAGUUGCGUUGUAGUGGCGCUCUAUAUAAGGAGGCUGGCUGAACCCUUCAGUUCAGUUCUGUUCUGGCCUGUGAAUAAACAAGAGCUGUGUCGUCUGAUACGUUCACCCACAACUUAACACUGGCGACGAGGAUGGGAUACGAACAUACGCGUGCACACCCCAGAACAUCCCCCAGAAUUGUCUGCAACCUACAAAGUUUUCAUGGCAGUUGCUUAUCCAGCAGACAAAUCACAAUGGGAAAGGUUCCCAGAAGGCAGAAAAUGACUUCCUUAAAGGAUUCAGUGACAUUUAGUUUACCUCAGGAGCUAUGUCAAUGGGUAAACUACAUAUACUAAUUAUGGAGCAUUAUUUAAGCAGUUCUCCUUCAUAUUAGAAAAAAAUCAGUUUAUCUAUAAUAAAUUUUUGGAUUAACACAUUAUUAUAUCAGAUCAUGACUAGGGUUGUGAAUAGAGUGAAGCAUGUCCCAAGAUUCUUAUUUUAAAAAAUGUUGGCUAUAUGCUUUAUUUUUCUGCCAAGGCCUUCCCAAAUUAGUCUAUUUUAUUUCUGCAGCUUUUAAUUCUUGUUGGCUUCAUGUUUCUAACAUGUAUUUUGUGGUUGUACUAUGUUUCACAUUCUUUCCUUUUCUUUUUACACCACUUGAGUAUUUUUUAAUGUAGAAUAUGGAUAUAUAAUCCACAUUUAAAACUAUAUUUCUACUAAAUAUGCCCUCAACUGAGAUUCGUUUUUGUUACUAACAAAUAGCUAAACUGUUGUUAAACUUGAGAAUUUGGUUAUUUUAAUCUCUUACACACUUUGGAGGCUUUGAUUAAUUCAGUUUUUGUUGGAUUUUACAUUUCCACUGUGCUGCUGCCUUAACUGAGCUUAUAGAUGCCAAGGAGUGGAACUUGAUAAUCAGUGUGCUAGGAGGAUUAAUUGAGUUUCCAGCUACGAUGUCUCUGAAGUGUGCUAGAGUUAAAUGAAGGAAGAACUUCCUUUAUAGAUAUAUGGAGAAAUGCUUGCUUAUACAGAGGUGAGUUAAGGUGCAUUCUUUUACAUCAUUUAACAUUACAAUCUUAUGCAAGUAGCACCAGGCUCUGUGGGCAGUUUUGGCUUUUUUCAUUUUAAAAUAAAUGCAACCAUGUUUUUAUUUUAUCUAGCACACUCUUUAGAACAACCACUUUAACAUAAAUUAUAAAGCACUGCACAUUGGCUGCAUUCUGUAUUAAUACAAGGAUAAGUGUGAAAACAGGGAAGAAUCGUGUCUUGGUUAUUAAAUAUUUAAUGACGCGUUUGGGAGUAGUGCCCCACUUAUCAAAAGAUGACUAAAUGGAAAUGGAUCCCCUAAAGGGACUGGAAAGGCAUGAUGAACUCUAGGUCAUGCCCCUGAAAGUGUAUAGUUGAAAGCAAUUCCCCAAAGUUUAGAGGAUUAAAAUAAAAAUAAAAAUCCCCAGAGUCAGAACUACUCAGAACAAUUAAAAAUAGCGGCUAACUCUGUGCAUGUUUUUAUAGACACAUCUGUCAAAUAAAGGAAAUGUAGUGAUCAGAAAUACAACUUGCUUUUCUAAAAUCAGCAGCUGUGAAGUUCAUUUUGUUGAACUUGAAUGCUCAAAAAAUUGGAAACUUUACAAGGUUUUGCUUUUGAGAAAUCCCCUUUUUGGAGGAAAUACCCUUUCUUUCCUGUGCCGUCUCAGUUACAACUUUAGCUAAUAAAAGCACAUACCUGUAUACAAGUAGAGGGGCUUGGGGGUGUACACACAUACAGAUACAGACACACACACACACACACACACACACACAGACAGUAUAUAAAGACUUAAAAUUUUAUAGAAGGCAAUUGUGAAUCUUAUUGUAAUGUGGAAUGAGUACCUGUGGGUCAUGCCUACGGUGAGAUCCAUACCUUGUAGGGAUAUAGAUAUUCUCAUAGGUGAGAUGCCACACGUUGCAGUGGAAAUGGGGAAAAUCAGCAAUAUAACUUCUUAUCUCAGUUCUGUGUAAUUUAAGAACAGACCUUCAAAUACCAGCUACCGUUUUCAAAUUUGGAGUGUCCUGGGAAAAGAAAAAACUGCAGUGGCAACACCUACAGCUUAGUUGGGUUUCUUUAACAGGCUGGUGCCUCUCCAGGCAGUAGCCAAGAGCUGACAGCUCUCUUAGUGUUGUAUCCACCGCUGGCCCCACUCAUGGCAAAUCCACUGAAGUCAGUUAACAUGGCUAACUUUGGUGCAUUACUAUCAGUGAGUCUACUCUUGAGUAAAACUGCAUUUCUUAGUGGGCAGAAGGAAUGUCGCAGCAAGUGGUUCAGCAUGGCCCAAGACACUGUCGCCAAAGCAGAGUAUUCUGAUGAGUAAAAUCUCAUAGGAUGGGAUAUGGGGGGAAAAUAUUGGCAGAUAAAGAGGGAAGGACAAUAGACAAUAGAGAGCAAAAUAGCAGCGUGGAUGAGAUCAGCCUGUUGCCAGGUAUCAUUGGAGAAACAGAAAACUGAUUAAGUAGGCUUGCUUCAGUCUUGUGCUAUAACAGGCUUCCUCAAACUUGGCCCUCCAGCUGUUUUUUGGCCUACAGCUCCCAUGAUCCCUAGCUAGCAGGACCAGUGGGCAGGGAUGAUGGGAAUUGUAGUCUCAAAACAUCUGGAGGGCCGAGUUUGAAGAAGCCUGUGCUGUAAGGUGACAAGCCUACAAGGGUCUGGGGACCAAAAGUCACAGGGCUUCCCCAGAUGUUCAUUUUAUUGUGCAUGAAUGAAGAUAUGUGCUCAUGAUGGUAUCUGAGCAGUUAUAUGUGAUCCCACUUUUGAUAAUGUCUGUGCCUGCAGAAGUUUCAAGGCAGACAUGCUGCUUCCUUUCAGAUCUGUGCAAGUCCUGUAGCUUGAGGCUGAAAUCCCAUAACUUCUCAUACCAUAAAUCUUCUGGGUUUUAUUUCCCCCUGCUUUUGUUGUGCUGUAGCGCAAGAGUGCCCCUUCGGAUGACAGUAAUGUGAUAAAACUGAGAGAGCAUCACAGAACAACUAAUAAAGCAGAAUUAUGUGUGGACGGUUCAGUAUAAAAAUGCAUUAUUACUGCAUCAAGGUCAUGUUCCAAAAUACAGCUGCAAAAAAUAAUAAUCAUCUCCAUUUUGAGGGGCCCAUACUCUCUUUCUCUGAGGCCUCCUUGGUAUUCCUGUACUCCUAGAAAGAAAGAAAAUUGCUAGAGGGCUGGCAUGAAUUUACCGUAUUUUUUGCUCUAUAAGACUCACUUUUUCCCUUCUAAAAAGUAAGAGGAAAUGUGUGUGCGUCUUAUGGAGUGAAUGCAGGCUGCGCAGCUAUCCCAGAAGCCAGAACAGCAAGAGGGAUUGCUGCUUUCACUGCGCAGCGAUCCCUCUUGCUGUUCUGGCUUCUGAGAUUCAGAAUAUAUUUUUUCUUGUUUUCCUCCUCCAAAAACUAGGUGCGUCUUGUGGUCUGGUGCGUCUUAUAGAGCAAAAAAUGCAGUACAUAUAGAGUACAUAUACAGUACAUUAUAGAGCGAAAAAUAUGGUGAAUAGCUAGAGUGCUGGCAGGAAGUCUUUAUUUUAAACAGUCAUGCAAUAUGCGGGGAAGUAUAUAAAUGUCUUUAAUAAAUAAAAAUAAGCCGUGACCAUUUUUAGUAGAAGUCCUGUAUUCACAGCAGGGAUGGGCAUUCACUGUAACAGUCAUAGGUGAAUCAUUGCACCGUAAGACAACUCAACAAGUAUGCAACAUCUGCUGUAAUAUGUGAUUUAACUUUAAGGAUUUGCUAUGUGAAUGCAUUGCUUGCUAAUCUCAUAGUCGUGGACGGAGAAAAUUGGUAUGGUAAUAUCUGCUGUGCAGUUGGAAUUAGUUUGCCAUAGUUGUCCCUUGGAACACUAGAAUCCUAGGUUCUAGAAGGAGGCUGGGGAUCUCCAAUGGAAUUCUUAUCACCCUCACAAAACUAUAGUUUCAAGAUUCCCUGGAGGAAGUUAUGGCAGUUAAACUGGCUUUUGUUUGUGGUUCAGAUGCAGCUUUAUGAUACCUCCAGCUCGUCUUUCAGACUUGGGUGUCCCAUAAUGUAUGUUCUUGGAUGUCUUCAGAAUCUGCCCAUUUCCUUUAGUAUCUUUCUGCCUUUGUAGAAACAGAUACAUCCAUGUAAAUCUUCAUAAAGAAAUUUCCCUUCAGGGAUGCUUUUUCCAGAGAAUCAAUCUUUCUUUUGCCUGGUGCUGCCACGUUCUUCGCAGUGCUCUCAUUUAACACCAAAGACCAAAUGGUGUGUAUUCCUGAUUAGUUUUCAGCUCUGUGGAGUGCUUCAGUCAUCAAGCUGAAGUGGGUCUGAACCUUAAUUAUUCCUUAAUUAUGCCUCUAGAGGAAGGUUUCUAGCCAUCUAUGCUGAGAGGGUGAGCAAAUGCAGCAGCCUUAUUUUAACUGUAGAUAACACAUCCCUUCAACACAGAGAUUGAGACAUAAUCCCAGAUAAUGAUUUAUGAUGCGCUUAGUUAAUAUUUAUAAGGGACGUGGGUGGCACUGUGGUCUAAACCACUGAGCCUCUUAGGCUUGCCGAUCAGAAGGCUGGUGGUUUGAAUCCCCGUAAUGUGGUGAGCUCCCGUUUCUCUGUCCCAGCUCCUGCCAACCUAGCAGUUUGAAAGCACACCAGUGCAAGUAGAUAAAUAGGUACCACUGCUGCAGGACGGUAAACAGCGUUUCUGUGUGCUCUGGCUUCCAUCACAGUGUCCCGUUGCGGCAGAAGCGGUUUAGUCAUGCUGGCCACAUGACCCGGAAAGCUGUCUGUGGACAAAUGCCCGCUCCCUCGGCCUGAAGCAAGAUGAGCGCCACAACCCCAAGUCACUUUUGACUGGACUUAACUAUCCAGGGGUCCUUUACCUUUUUUUACCUUCCAUUAAUAUUUAGUUAUUUAUUAAAUUUAUAUCCUGCCUUUCCACCCAAACAAGACCACAAAUUAAGUUCUUAACCUGAGGUACCACUGUAUAUAUAAAAAGGUUUACCUUUUUCAGAUACAGUGGUACCUUGGGUUAAGUACUUAAUUCGUUCUGGAGGUCUGUUCUUAACCUGAAACUGUUCUUAACCUGAAGCACCACUUUAGCUAAUGGGGCCUCCUGCUGCCGCCACGCCGCUGGAGCACGAUUUCUGUUCUCAUCCUGAAGCAAAGUUCUUAACCUGAAGCACUAUUUCUGGGUUAGCGGAGUCUGUAACCUGAAGCGUAUGUAACCUGAGGUACCACUGUAGUAUAAAACUUAAAAAGAGAUCAUUCAGAGCCAUCUUAGAUGCUACCCGUGUGUGUGAGAGAGAGAGAGAGAAUGGUUUUUGUGGAAAUUUAUUCAAUGCCUUGUUAGUUAAUGUUGCAGAAUUGGAGCUGAAUCUGUUUAACGUAUGUUUGUCUCUGCCCCCCCUCCCCAAAUCCUCAUAAUAGUUUGACAUUGGAAACGCAAAGGAACUUUUGAAUAAAAUCAAAAUGGGAUUUCUAAUGGUCAGGAUUAAUGCACUACAUUAAAAAAUCAUGCAGCAGCCAUGUGGAAAAAGGUUCUGUAAAUAACUCAUCUCAUUAAUAACAUUUUACAGUAGGAAUUACAUUUUGAAUUAUUACACUGCUGAAACUAUUAUUUCAAUACUGUGAAUUGGUUGUAUGCCAUAUUAAGAGGUGCAGUCUGCUUUUAUUUUUUACCUCCCUGACAUUUAGGUAUGGUUAGGAAUGCUUUAUGAAACAUAAUUUUGAGGGACUCUGAAAAUUGUCUGAAAGUGACCAUUUACAGGAGCGGGUGUGGAUCAAUUUAGUCCUUUGGACCGGGGGAGGGUGACCUCUGAGAACCUCAUGUAAUAACACAAAAAGUAUAAUCAAUAUUCAGAAAGAAAUGUAAGCUGCUUGCUUUGUGGUGUUUGUUCUGCCUCUGCUAUUUUGGGCUGCUGGUUGCCAAGUCUAUAUUUAGAAUCUUUUCACAGUGUAUGGUAGUUUACUACCAGCAUAUGAGUGUCUGCCUUGCUGAAUAUAGGUCAUAAUUUAAAUAAUCGGGUAAGAUUUAAGAGUUGGAGGAAAUGAUAGGAUUUCUGCCACCUCCACCAUAUUAAGAAAAAGUGGUGUGAAUGGAUGGGGAAGGGAGGUGUUAUAGUUCAGCCAGCCACUAUCAGAUGGAAGAUGGCGAGCAAGGAGAUCUGGAUAGAAGACCUGGCAUUUUUUGUGUAUAGGAAGAGAGCGGAGGCUAUCCUAGAUCAAGAUGAUAGUCCUAUAGUAGUGUGGAUGUUUAUUCUUAUUGUUUGUGUAUUUGUUUAUACCCUGCCUUUUUCUCUGAUGGGACUCGUAGCAGCUUACAACAAAAACAAGAACCACUAAAAGCAGAAAAGCCAAUCGUUAAAAUACAAUUAUGCAUUGGGAGCAUUAAAACUAUAUAAAAUCUGUUUAAAACAUACCAACAAGUACCAAAAAGGGGGGCAAAGGAUGGCACCUGUCCUAAACAGUGGUACCUCUGGUUACGAACUUAAUUCGUUCCACACGUCCCUUCUUAACCUGAAACCGUUCUUAACCUGAAGCACCACUUUAGCUAAUGGGGCCUCCCACUGCCUCCACACAAUUUCUGUUCUCAUCCUGAGGUAAAGUUCUUAACCCGAGGUACUACUUCCAGGUUAGCGGAGUCUGUACAACCCGAGGUGUUUAUAACCCAAGGUACCACUGUAAUUGAAAGCAGACAAUCCCCUAAAGCCUGCUGGAAGAAGAAAGCCUUCACCCGCCACUUGUUGUAAUUCUAUAUUGAAUACCUUUUACUGCUUGAAACCAAUGGCAUAGGUAGAGGGGGAAAGUGUUGUCAAAGAUUAAUGCCACAUCCUUGUUUCUUCCAAACCACUGGUAUAACUAGUCAACAAUCACAAGCAAGAUUAGGUUCAGCAGAUACCACUGAGGAUGGAUUCUGCUUUUGUACUGAUUUCAUUGCACCCAGGCAGGUAGAUGCAGGUAUCCAUAGGCAGGAGAACUAAGCUGGGUUUAGAUUUGUGAACACCUUUCCUGCUGCUAUCCUAUAACAUGUAUUGAUCAGCUAAGCAGGUCUGCCUGGAUGGAAGAUAUGAGCACAGGGACAAAGAGUAGAAUGUUUUUUAAGUUGCAUAGUAAUGACCUUUGUGAUUGCCCCUGUUCAUGUGGUGGCAUUGCUUUUGCCAUUAUGGCCAUGUGGGGUAGUGAACCCAUAAUGAAGCAGGCCGCAUGCUGCUACUAUAACAUCUAAAGGGCACUCUAGUAGUUACGAUAAUUUGUAUAUAGAAGUUAUAAACACUAAACUUUCUUUAGUGUUUGACUUUCUUGCUGAAGAUUGAAUGCUCAGUUAUACCCUCCCCCUUUAAAUGCCCUGAAUCCUUCUCUCUAUUAAUCUAGUCGCAGGUUGAUUUUGCUUGAUACACAUCUUUAAUCAGCACAUUGAGGUUCAGUGGAUCACUCAGUACUGCUUGUUUAUUACAAUAAGUAGCUUGUGAUCUGACACUAUAUGCUGGAAAGCUCCCUUUGGAAAAUCAUCUUUCUUUUUUUUUGUACAAUUCCUCCAGGCAGCAUUAAUUUGUGUAUGGUUUUGUGUGUGUUUUCACGGCAUGUGAUUGAUUUAACCAACUAUAUCUUUUCUCUCCUCUCUUUCUAGGAUGCGUCAGGAUGAAACGCCACAGGCAUCUAAGCAGCAGUGACAGUUCAGACAAUGAAAGUAAGUAGUGUGAUCUAGUCUUCCUUUGAUCUGUCACUGCUUCCUGUGGUUUCCUCCUCUGGUUUGAGGGCAAACGGCUGCACUUUUUUAUGGCUUUUCUUUUUUUAUUUCUCGUUUGAUUUCAUUUUCUCUUGCUCAUUGUGGUAUUCAGUUUUAUCAGAGAGGGCUUGGGGAAACUUAAGAAACCCAGUGCUGGGUAGAAUAAUGUGGUUGUUUAGCAACAAUCUUUAUUUAGAAUGUAAAAGGUGCAUAAUUCUGCCUGAAGAGAGAGCUAGUAUUUAUUGUGAGGCCUCUGUUUUCUAAACUGAUAAUAUGCUAGCUGCACUCCUCUAUAUGAGAAUCUUUGAGGGUUGUGGCAGGCUUUUCAUGCUUUGGGAUGAAUGCUAAGUGAAAUAUUUUGUGUAGAGCCUUAAAAAGGUUACCACUUAGACCCUCCCAACAGGCCUUUUUUCAGUGCUACUUACAAUUCCUUUCCACAUGUGAGCUUUAGGUCUAGUUCACAAAGUAGCUUCCAAACAAGGUGUCCGGGGUAUUAAAACUUCUGUGUGUCUGCAGCAAUUAUCUGUUCUGACAACAACUACAGGUAUCCUACCCCUUCUGCUGCUCAGAUGCUAUUCUAACAGUGUUUCAGUUCAGCAACCAAUUGUAUUUCAUAAAGAUUGGAAUACGUACCUUUUAAAUCUCUGGCUUCAAAACAACUCUUAGAAACAACUUCUCCUUUGAGAAGAAAGUAUAUAAAGGGUGGCAUUGUGUAUACAAUUGUUAUGUAUUGUUAAUGUGAAAACACAGCAAACUGAAUGGCCUCUGGCCCCUUCAGCAGCCUCAGUUUUUGUAGCUGGAGUCAGUCAGUCAGGGCUCUUCCCUCCCAGGCCAGGUGGAAAGAGGCUAGCCAGGCAGGAAGCAGAGGUCUUGCAGGACUCGCAGCCAAGAUGGUCCAGUUCUGUCCUCCUGUCCCUAUUUCCUCUUUAACCUUUUUACCUUGCUUUUAUUUCAACACUGUUUGCUUCUAGGAUAUAAAACUGUUCUCUCUUCCAUAUUCAUUUGCUCAUCUAAUUGUCAUUAGACGAAACCAUCCUACGGUUUGUUAAUAAUAAAUUUUCAGAAGGUAUCUCAGAAUUCAGAACAUUCCAUAACUCCUCCUUGGGGUGGAUCAUGCCAACUUGUUGGCUGUCAUGAGUCAUUCAGAGGCCUUUGUGUUUCUUUAUAGUACUCAGUAGCCCACCCGCAUCCAUAUAACACAGGCAACAUUUAUUUUUAUUUUUAUUAUUUUAUUUAUGAUUUUCAGUUUUAUACAUUUCAAAAAUUUUACAAUCAUUUUAGCAUUUAAAAACCCGACUUCCUUCCCCCUCUUUCUGUGGUUCCUUAAAUUUGUUUUUUCUAUUUUCUGCAUAUACAAAUUAACUUAAUUUACUCAUUUAUUCAUCUGCUUUAAAUGUAUAUUAAAAACUACAGGUUAUUACAGUAAUCCUGCCAAUAUUCUUCUCUGUUUACACUUUAUUGUAAAUAUUCAAUAAACCAUUUCCAUUCUUUUAUAAAAAGUUUGUUAUCUUGAUUUCUUAUUUUUCCAGUAAGUUUUGCCAUUUCUGCAUAUUCCACAAGUUUUUGUGUACAUUCUUCUUUCACUGGGACUUCUUCGUCUUUCCAUUUUUGGGCAAGUAACAUUCUUGCCACUGUGCUUGCAUACAUGCAAUAAAUUUCUAUACAGUUGGGUAGUCAGGAGCAACUUGUUUUGUCCCUUUGGACACUUAUCCUUAAAAAGUUGAAGCAACUGUUUAAGAAAAACAGACCCAUAAUUGAAGCAAAAUUUCUGGUUUAUGUUGCCUAAGAUACCAUUUCAGAAUGCAGUUCUCUGUAUUUUUAUGAAUAUCCUGGUGUUGCAGCAGCAUUUAAAUUUUCUCCAUCUUUUCCUCUGUUUAUACAGGUCCUUCUACUUCUUUCUCCUUUUGUUCCAAGUACAGAAGCAAGUCAAAAACACCAGCAAAUGAACAAAAGAAACCUGCUGAGGUAAGAGUAAUUCUCACAUUCUUAGGGUGCUAUUCAACUACAUUUUUUUUCACUAUUGCAAGAAGAAUUUCUCCCCUCUCCUCACACAAACCUCAAAUUUUCUCCUGAGGUUUUGGGGACAGAUUUGGAGGGGAGCACGGGGGGAGCAGGGAGAUAGUUCUAUUGCACAACAAUUUCAUUCAUGUUGUUUCCCUUUUAGAGGUGAAGGAAGGAAGAACGAACGAAUUUGUCCCAUUUGAGUUCAAUGGGAUUAAAGCCCAUUAAGGAUUAGGGACUGUAGUAAAAUGGGUCAUAAUUUCCUGAAUCUAAGGGCAGUUGAAGAGAAAUUGAGGUCCUGAGGUAGCAGGUGCUGCUGAAGAGAAUUUCUUGUGUUUUCUUUCCUUCUUCCUUAUUGUUGGAAUAUGACUGUUGCCACCCCUGCCAGUAGGGCUAUGGCAAACUUCUGCACAAGCCAUUAAGGCUUCCACUUUUCUUAGGAGUAUUUGAGUCCCUAAUGUUAUGAGGCUGUCCCCAGGUACUUCUCCCCCAAUUUACCUUAGGCACAGUUUCAAUUUUGGUAUCUAUUACUAUGAACUGAAAACAAGAGUUAUGAAAAUACAAGUUGACCAAACACAUAAUUCUGAAAAAGAUUUCAAUGCACAACCUCUGAGUAAUGUAUAAAAAUACAGAAUGCACAUAUCCUUUCUCCCUCUUCUGGAUUUACCCUAAAGGUGGGCCGGAGCAGGCCAAAUACCUACAUAUCUUCUUCCUUUAAUUCAUAUCUAUGGGACAAAUUUGGAAUGCCCUAUUUCUUGGAACUGCAUGUCUCUUCUUACCCAGAGGGCCAAACCAGUCAAUAAAUGCUUGCACAUUUUAAAUGUGUAUUGUUUUUACUUUAGAAAUAACAAACAAGGGCAUGAGUCGAACUGCCCUGCAUAGGGGGGCUAUAACCUCUUUUCAUUCUGUUCUGUGGUCCUAGUGAAACACCCCCCCCAACACACAAAAAGAGGAAAGAUGAUAUUGAUUUAGCGUGCAAAAGAAAAGCCCCCUUCAGGCAUCUAAUGCAUGACAGGGGGAACUGCAUGUAGAAUAAGAAACAUGCUUUGCUUCAGAUACUGCCCCAUUGUCCAGCUAGGCUAGCCCUAUGCCGAUGUAUUGAGCAUGGGAGGUGAGGGACACGGGUAGAUUGGCUGUGUUAUGUCAAGAGUGGACCAGUGGCAGGCUCCUGCUCUUGGUUGCACAAUGGGCGGUAUUCAGCUAAACAGUUACGGUAGUGCAGUGAUUUUUAGUUGGACAGUGUAACUUCCCCACCUUCUCCCUUCCCCGUGCACCCCCUAAAUCUGCUCCAGGUUUCCUCAGCUCUCCAGAGUAGAUCUGGGAACAGGAGAAGAGAAGGCCAGAAAAUUACUGUAUUUUUUCUCUAUAAGACUCACUUUUUCCCUCCUAAAAAGUAAGGGGAAAUGUGUGUGCAUCUUAUGGAGCGAAUGCAGGCUGUGCAGCUAUCCCAGAAGCCAGAACAGCAAGAGGGUUCGCUGCGCAGCGAUCCCUCUUGCUGUUCUGACUUCUGGGAUUCAGAAUAUUUUUUUUCUUGUUUUCCUCCUCCAAAAACUAGGUGCAUCUUGUGGUCUGGUGCGUCUUAUAGAGCAAAAAAUAUGGUACAUUGUGCAGCUAAAAGUGGUUGCACUAGCCCAACUGUUUAGUUGACUACUUCCAAAUGUGUUUUAUUUGCCUAAAUGAUCACUUUUAAUGUUGAGCUACUUCCUUGGAGAACUUGGCAGACAAUUUAAGCUUAUGUAACCCUUUAAAAAAAAAAAGUUCAGCAUGAAAGUUCAGGGGUUAGCCCCCUUCAGAAAUGGAAAAUGACUUGCUGAAUGCCUAAUGCCAUUACAAUUACUUCUGAAAACAGAUGAAAUGCAGAUGACAGUAGAUUAUGACAGUGAUGGGUAGGUGUCUCAUUUGCCUUCAAGCUGUUCUGUUAAAUGCAAGCUCUUUUGGGCCCACUCUUCUUUUUUAUAUUCAGAGUUAGUUUUAUCCUUUGAAAUCUUUGAGCAUAAGAGUAUCAAAACAAACAAACUCUAUUCUACCAUACUGCUAAAGUGAAAUUAAAUCUUCAUAUGCAACUUGCAUGGUUGCAGGAUUUGAAAGAGACAUCAUUCCUGCAAUCCAGGGUAGAUGCUAGAGACUAUUACAACUUUUAACAGAUUGAACUUUCCCACCCAACUCCCAAGUUGUGAGCAAGUCUUUUACUUUCUCCUUGUCUCUUUCCUGGUCACCUGCAGUUACUUGGAUUCUGGACCUCCCCAAAGCUGGAAGUUGCCACAGUUCUGUAGGUGUUUCAGUAUCUACGAUUAGGGGAGAUCCCAUAUCUACAUAACUCUGGAAGAUCCAAUUUACACUUUACCUUCUAGGAUUUGUGUGGUAAAAUAGAACAGGGUGGUCCACUUGCUUUGAUUACAACCGCAGCAGCCCAUGAUUCUAAAUAGUUGGGGAAUUAUGUGUUCCUUCCUUUAUGCUUGGCAGCAAAGGGGUUGGUUUGAUCAGUAUGGUUCUGACAACUGUUUAACAUGGCCUCUUGGAUAAAGGCUCCUGUACAUUAUUAAUUUGUAUUGUUAAAGAAGAAGAAGAAAAAUAAGUUAUUGGACUGUUUCUUCCCAAGUAUUAAUGCUGUCUUUGCCUUCACCUGCAGGUGUUUCGAAAGGACCUCAUUAGUGCCAUGAAACUCCCAGAUUCUCAUCAUAUUAACCCAGAUGAAUAUUACCUCUUUGCGGACACAUGGAAACAAGAAUGGGAAAAGGGUGUGCAAGUCCCAGCCAGCCCAGACACAAUUCCACAACCUUCUCUCAGGUAAUUUUUAAUAAAUAGUUGUUGGGACUGAACUACAUUUAAUUUUGGGGUAGCAAUAUGAAUAUACUGGGCAGCAUUCAUGUCAUGUGAGCAAUAAUUAAUCGUUUACUACUUUUGUUGCACAGCCUAGAUUUUUGAUCAGGUGAGGCUGCAAUUUUUAAAGAAGUAUUAAGGUCCACAACAGACAAAUGUAUUCUGACCACAUAGUCAAAGAGGUAGUAUACUGCAUUAUUUCAGCAAAACUCAGUAUUGUUCCAGCGGUUGUGGUGGAUGAUGUACACUGCAGUUUUCCAAAUAUACAAGACAGUUUUGUGGAGUACACAAAGUUGGUGUGGUGGUAGACUGGAUGAGGGUAUAUUAACCUGAGCUAGUCUUAUAUAUAAAGAUCACCAGAUACAUUUGCUUGGUAGUGGCUUAUGCCUAAGUACCUUUGUCCCAUUGUAAUUUUGGCUUUCUUUACUUCCUCUGAUGUAUGAUAUGGUCACAACUCAAGAGGGAACAUUAGGCAAUGUGGAAAAUUAUCUGUAUGGUUGUUCAAUAAAGAAUUUACUUUUGUGGGUUUAUUUUUUGUUUUUCUUUUAAUGAUCCCUAUAUUUGAGUGUAGGAAAGAGGUUUGCUGAUAGUUCAGAAUGGGCUUUUGGCAUGUGCUCCUGUAGUUUAUAGGGAUGCGGGUGGCGCUGUGGUCUAAACCAUUGAGCCUCUUGGGCAUGCUGAUCAGAAGGUUGGCUGUUCGAAUCUGCGCGAUGGGGUGAACUCCUGUUGCUCUGUCCCAGCUCCUGCCAACUUAGCAGUUCGAAAGCAUACCAGUGCAAGUAGAUAAAUAGAGAAGAUAAAUGGGAAGGUAAACGGCAUUUCCGUGCACUCUAACUUCGGUAAUGGUGUUCCGUUGCACCAGAAGCAGUUUGGUCAUGUUGGCCACAUGACCCGGAAAGCUGUCUGUGGACAAACGCCAGCUCCCUUGGCCUGAAAGCGAGAUGAGCGCCACAACCCCAUAGUUCCCUUUGAUUGGACUUAACCAUCCAGGGAUCCUUUACCUUUUAGCUGUAGUGUGUAGCAGUUCUGGGUGAGCAGCAUAGCAUUGCCUAAUGUAUUCCUUGGUCAAAAGCAAGGGUGGCUAACCCACAGGUCAUAUAUGGACCCCCCAAAAAAAGACUUUGUGGCCCCCAAGGACCCCAUGAAAAUGAUUUAUUUAUUUAUCUGUUUACUCACUUUUUGUGUCUGGGUACCCCUUUCUUAAUGGUGCUUUUCUGGGCAGCAGUCCCUAAACCUUUUGAUUUGCAUGCUGCAUCCGGAUCAGUACAACUAUCUCUGCUCUUGCUGUUGUCAGCUGACAAAAAAAUAAUAAUGAAAUGAUCGGCUGAAGAACAGCCCAAGGCAUUGGAAUGGUCUGUCUGAGCUCACUUGGUGAUUGCUGUGUAGAAUGGACUCCGGGAUUAGAGGGAGAGAGUGGGUGGAGAUGUAAACAAAGAAAUGGAUGGGAGGCAGAAGGAAAACUGUAGAAAAAGCUGCUGGUGGGAGAAACAUUAAUGGAUUAUUGUGAAUGGGGGGGGGGCGUGAAUUCAUACACGUCCGGAGCAUAAUUUGAUUAGUAGUCACAGAAAUUAAUUAUUGGGGAAAGGGGUGUGCAUUAUUAUUGUUUCUUAAUGAACAAAAAAAUGGGAGACAGAUCAUCCAUCCCUGUUCGCAAAGUCAAUCAGGUGGGCGGGGGUGGCAGAAAUUUUGCAUCCCCGUCUGUAUCCUGAUCCCAGCACUGAACAGAUGUUUAAAUCUCUCCUCUGCUCAGUGUCAGGUCUGGAGUAUGGUUUGGGAUACAAAUCUCUCCCUCUAAAUGCACCCAUGUGGAUGCUGUGUGAGAGAGAGACACAGAAAGAGGUUGUGCUGUGUGUUUGUGAAAGAGGGAAGUAGCAUGGAAAGACUCAAAUAGCUUGGGCAAAAUGUCCUAUGUAUUGGGAGAGAAUGGGGUGGGAAUUAAUAAGGAAUGGAGGUGUAGAAGUUAGUACGAAAGAAAUUAAGGGAAAUAAAUAAGAAAUAAGGGUUGGAAGGGUAGGUUCUGCCUUUCCCCACUAUUUCAUUUUGGCCAUGCCUACUUUGACAUGGGCCCCCUGCACUGGCCAUUGUGACCCUCAGCCUGGAAAAUGUUCAUACCCGAUGCACCAAUGCACAUUGUCACUUUUGCUUGACCCAUGCAUUCCAUUGUAACCCAGAUUAUUAUAAUCAAUUAGGGGCAUCAAAUACCUGGCUUCCCAGUUUGCAGAAGUGCCCUUCCACCAAAUGACAGCUCACUUUAAUUACUAUAUCAUUUUAGAGUCGUAGCGGAAAAAGUAAAGCAAGUACUAUAUACACGGCCUAGAAAAUACAUUCGUUGUUCAAGUCAAGAGCCCACUGAACCUGGCUAUAUCAACAUUCUGGAACUGGCAGAAUCGAUGUGUCGUUAUGACUUGGAUGAUAUGGACAUCUUCUGGCUUCAGGAAGUAAAUGAGGAGCUUGCUGAAAUGGGUGAGAGUGAUAAAAAGUGCAAUUACUAAGGCUACAGUGAAUUUUAAAAAUUGAAUCUUUAGUCAACUGCGCUGAUUUAAGGCUGUUUUGCUACUGCUUCUUUUUUUAAAAAAAAAAAAAGAAUGGAUUGUUUAGAAAGAGAACUCUAGUUGGUAUUCAAUGAGUCUUCUGCAGCCAUGGUUCAGAGACAUUUAAUUGCAUCUAAAUAUUUUGAGGAACUUCCAUGUUUUUAAUAUGUUUCCUAAAAUAGAAAAGUUAUACCUUAAUUCUUUGGAAAUCCAUCUUGGUUCAUGGAAGAAUGUGCAUUUUAUGUCAGGACUCUAGGAGUAAUAAAAACAAUGUAUUUGGAAAAAUACCAAUCAGGUAAUAAUGGAAGUCAGUAUUCCUACUUAAUUGUAUUUGCUAAUACUCAGAUCUUAUUUGUAUUUGCUAAUACUCAGAUCUUAAUGACCUGAGAAAAUGGCAGCUUUGCAGACUUGUACUUUGUGGCUCCAUGAGAGAGGCAGGAUUAUGCCACUCUAGUAAAUCAGAGAAGACGCUAUCUUGAUAGCUUGUUUAUGAGGCCAGUUGAGACUUAAAAAUUAGCGGGGAAAUAAUUAACUUGGCAGAUUCUUUGCAACGUAGUAUUCAUAAGCAACAUGUUUCUAAUCUGAAUGGGAAAAGGUAGUGGGGCAUAUAAUGAGAUUUCAAUGAAGUUGAACAGGCUAUUUGUCAUGUUAAGAGGCAAUUUCCUUAAAACAAUGGUUUGGUUCAAACAUAAUGCACAUUAUGAAACCAUGGAUUAGCCUUAUGUGUGAACUCAGUCCAGUUUAUUGGCAACGGUAAAAGUUUCUGAUUAACCAAGGUUUGUAGCUGGGAUAUAAACCUUGCUUAACGUCAAGCAUAGCUAUGCAUUGUGUGGAAACCUAGACCACUUCCUUAACUAUGGCUAUGGAGCUGUCGCUGCCCAAAAGCUAGUGGAGCUGAAGUUGGAAGAGCAACAAAAAAUUUCAGCUGCCCUCACUGGUGCUUUUAACUAUUCUGUGAUGUUAAAACUUGGUUGUAUGUGAUCAUCUGCCAGACACCUUAGUGUUAAUGAUGGUUUAGCAUGAACAAUGCUAUGCUAUGAUGUCACAGGUAAAAAUCAAUUUUGUGCAUUAUUACUGACAUCCUAGCUGCUACUUUGAAUAUAUGCAGGUUGUCUGAAUCCUAGGGAAUAGGACUUUCAAUCUAAGUAUUUGAAUAUUUUUAUAUAGUAAUAUAGGAAGCCAUAAAGGCACAAUAACAGUGUUUUAAAUAAGUCCACCUACAAUUGGUGGCUUCACUUUUCAUGUAUCUGCAUUUGUUUAAGAUACUGUAUUUAUAUAUCAGAUUAAUGCAAUGUAGAUCUUAAAUCUUUUAAAACUUGGAUUGAAAUUUAAGUAAGUCUCACACAAAUGCGGGAGGGAGACAACCUAUUGUCAGUGCAAUGCUUUAGGAAAUGAGAGUGCUUUUUGUUUCUUUAUCUAGUAUUAAGCAGAUUGUUAUUUUGCUUUAAUUCUCCUGCAGGUUGUGGGCAGCUUGAUGAGAACACAAUGGAGAAAAUGGUGGAAGUCCUGGAACGUCACUGUCACGAGAACAUGAACCAUGCCAUUGAGACAGAGGAGGGGCUGGGUAUUGAAUAUGAUGAAGAUGUCAUCUGUGAUGUGUGCCGGUCCCCUGACAGUGAAGAUGGGAAUGAUAUGGUGUUUUGUGACAAAUGCAACAUCUGUGUGCAUCAGGUUAGUGCUAGCAGAGGUUUUGAAAAAGCUUCGUUCUUUUGGAAAUGGGAUUACAAUGGAACCUUGGUUCUCGAACAACUUAGUUGAUGAACAAAUCAGAACCCGAAUGCUGCAAACCUGGAAAUAAAUGCUUUGGUUUGCAAACUUUUUUCGGAAGCCAAAUGUCUGAUGUGGCUGUCAGGUAUUGUUUCCAGGGUGGCUGCACCAAUCGCAAGCCGCGCCUUGGUUUUUUAACGUAUCAGAAGUCUAACAGACUUCUGGAAUGGAUUACAUUUGAGAACCAAGGUACCACUGUAAAUCUUUCUAGAUAGCUUGCUCCAAAACAACCUAUCUGAAAAGCCAUUGAAAAGGUGCAAGAAAUCUGGCGGCCUCUGAAAAAGUGGGUCUAGAAUUUUUGUUUUCCGACAAGGCUCUGUAAAAUUUAACAUGCGACUGCUUAAAAGAGACGUGGAUUGCUUUUGAUCAAGUAAUGUAUUCAGAGGUCAUGUAAAUCCCCUAAAUAUUAUGGGAAAGGUUUUGAACCAUUGUGGUGUUGGAGCAUUUGUCUGCUGCGCACUUCUUCCUUUUCUGAAAGCACACUUAGGGAUGUCAGCUAAUUAAAUUUCCUACAACAGGGAAAAUAUGGAGAAGUGAAGGGUGAAUUUUUAAUCUUCAUAAAAUGAUUCUUGUUAAUGACAAGAGUAGAGCAUGGUGCAGUGAGUGCACAGUGAGAUAAUGAGGGAAAGCUGAUCUUUUAAAUUUGUGCCUAGAAUUUAUGCCUAUGCAAGAGUGCGCUCUUCUGGAUUAAUCUGGAAUGUUCCAGAAAUAACUGUGAUAGGCUAAUCCUUCUGGAGUCUUCCUUAGGCUAUACAGACACCUUUCUCGGUCAGUGUAUGCUAGUACUAGAUGCCACAGAGAACUACUUUUCUAGAUUUUUUGUGUGUGUGAGAUACACACCAAUAAAUAGCAAGGUUUUGGGGUUAGGGAGGCGCAGCUACCAUUGGCCAACCUUUCUGAGAUCAGACCUUUGGCUUCUGUGUCUUUUUGUAGAUAUUCUCUGUUCAGCACUAUUAAUAAUGUGUGUAACUAUUUACCGUAUUUUUCGCACCAUAGGACGCACUUUUUCUCCUAAAAAGCAAGGGAAAAUGUGUGUGCGUCCUAUGGAGCGAAUGCAGGGGGGAGGCAGUCGGGAAAAGCCCCAAAGAGCCGCACACAAGCUCCGUGCGCUCUUGCGGGCUUUUCCCCAGGAGGGAGAAGGGACUGACUGGCCGCAUCAGUUGCUUCUCCCACCUCCCAAAAAAGCCAGGAGAAGCCGCGAUCUCUUUAAAGGGGUUGUGCGGCUUCUGCGGGCUUUUGCGAGAGGUGAGGGAAUCCCCCCACCUCCCAGGAAAGCCAGAAGAAGCCGUGCAGCCCUUUUAAAGUGUGCACGGCUUCUGCCAGUUUUGCGAAAGGUGAGGGAAUCCCCCCACCUCCCAGAAAAGCCAGGAAAGCCCUGCGCAGCGUCUCCCGGCAAGGAGAGGCUGCACGGGGCUAUGGAUUCUUGGCCCCACGCAGCCUCUCCCGGGAGGGAGAGGCUGCACGGGGCUAAACGGGAAGCCAAAACAGCAAGCGGGAUCCAUCCCGCCCCCUGCCUUGGCUUGCUCCAUAGCUGCGCGCAACCCCUCCGGCAAGGAGAGGCUGCACGGGGCUAAAGGGGAAGCCAAAACAGCGAGCGGGAUCCAUCCUGCUCGCUGCCUUGGCUUGUGCCAUAGCCGCGCGCAACCCCUCCGGCAGGGAGAGGUUGUGCGCAGCCUGUAUGCUGCUCUUUGGGGCUGGGGGGGAAAUAUUUUUUUUCUUGAUUUCCCCCCCUAAAAACUGGGUGCGCCCUAUGGUCCGGUGCGCCCUAUGGUGCGAAAAAUACAGUACUUGUUAGGAAAGAGCGCCUUUCCUGUUUCAUGUUUCAGACAUCUGGCAAAUAGUUGAAUUCUCCCAAAAUGGUUUUAGUGUGUAGCAUUUUUUAAAAAAAUACUCGGUUGGUACUGAUAUAAAUCAGUGAUGUCUCAUUUCACUUAUGGAGUUGUAUAAAGCAGCAGUUUGUUUUUAUCCUCAGGCAUGCUAUGGCAUCCUAAAGGUUCCUGAAGGAAGCUGGCUGUGUCGUACUUGUGUUCUAGGUAUACACCCUCAGUGUCUCUUGUGUCCAAAGAGAGGUGGGGCCAUGAAAGCUACAAGGACAGGCACCAAGUGGGCGCAUGUGAGCUGUGCUCUUUGGAUUCCGGAGGUAUGAAUAAGAAGUGUUUUAGCCCAUCUUUAAGUAGACUAGCAUGGAAGUAUUUGGAAUGCAAUCUUCCCCCGGUCACCUAGCUGCUGUAGCUGUUAUAUUUGCCUUUUUACAAUAUGCUGAAAUAUAAUGGCUUGAUAGCUCUUUUCUGGUCAUGUCAGUCAUAGUAAUCCAUAAAUUUUAUUAUUAUUAGGUAAGCAUUGCUUGUCCAGAAAGAAUGGAACCAAUUACCAAAGUGUCCCAUAUUCCACCAAGUAGAUGGGCUUUAGUUUGCAGCUUAUGCAAAUUGAAAACUGGUGCUUGUAUCCAGGUAUGUGUUAAUUCUGUUUUGUGAUCUUUGAAGCUGCAGAGCAGAAAUUGCAUGCUAACAAACUCAACAGGUCCAGGGUGCUAAGGAACAACUUUUUCCUGUGCUGGGUGGAAGACAGAUGCAGCAGAAUAGCCUUUAGCAGUGUUUAUAUUUUAAGGAUAUGGGUGGCACUGUGGUCUGAACCACAGAGCCUAGGACUUGCCGAUCAGAAGGUCGGCAGUUUGAAUCCCCGCGACAGGGUGAGCUCCUGUUGCUCGGUCCCAGCUCCUGCCAACCUAGCAGUUUGAAAGCACGUCAAAGUGCAAGUAGAUAAAUAGGUACUGCUCUGGCGGAAACGUAAACAGCGUUUCCGUGCGUUGCUCUGGUUCGCCAGAAGCGGCUUAGUCAUGCUGGCCACAUGACCUGGAAACUGCCGGCUUCCUCGGCCAGCAAAGCGAGAUGAGCGCCGCAACCCCAGAGUCGUUUGCGACUGGACCUAACAGUCAGGGGUCCCUUUACCUUUAUAUUUUAAGGAAACAUUUUCGGGGUAUUGGAAGAAUGUAAAAAACAAAACAAAAACCACAACCUUUUUGCAUCACAGAAUUGUAGAUAGGGGGCCAAUGAGAGUGGUUGGUGGGGAUAUUUGUUAAAAAAAUUAAAGAGACUUUUGUAAACCUUUUGGGGCCCACCAAAACCUUUAGGGGUGUUUACGAGGAACAACAGUCAAUUAAAAAUACAUUAAAUUAAAAAGCAAGGGAAUGUACAGGAUCCCUGAGAUAAUACACUUGGGGCCCUUUGCUUAUGCCAAAACGGUUUAACUAAAGCUUAGACACUACACUAAGUAGCAGGAUACAGGAUUCACAGCUUUAUGGCAGAUACAUAAUUUAAGUGGUACCUCGGGUUAUAUACGCUUCGGGUUACAUACGCUUCAGGUUACAGACUCCGCUAACCCAGAAAUAGUACCUUGGGUUAAGAACUUUGCUUCAGGAUGAGAACAGAAAUCGUGUGGCGGCAGUGGGAGGCCCCAUUAGCUAAUAUGGUACCUCAGGUUAAGAACAGUUUCAGGUUAAGAACAGACCUCCAGAACGAAUUAAGUUCUUAACCCUCUAUACAAAAAGCUCUAUACAAAUGCUUGCAUUAUUACUUAAAUUGUGUAUCUGUCAUAAAGCUGUGGAUCCUCUAUCUUACUCUGCUACUUACUUAGCUAGUGUGGUGGCUAAACUUUAGUUAAACAGUUUUUGCAGAAGUCAAGUUAUCUUGCAUUGCACAUCAUGUUAAACCAUAGUUAGGUUUAAUAUGUGGUUUAAUGUGGACGAGCAGUGCACACUGCUCAAAGUUUCCAGUCCACUUUCCCUCACAACUGGCCACAAACCGCAAGCAACUGUACUUAUCAAGUGAUAACCAAACUUUGUUAUUUGUUUACUGCUCAUGGUUUGUUUUGGGGAAACAAACCACGAGCCCAGAUUUGGAUUGCAUAUGAAACCAAGGCAUGUGGUUUUUUGCUCCCGCCAUGGUGCAGCCAGGAAUGGGGAAAGAGCAAUGUGGGGACUUGAUUAGCUAGCGGGAGCAUACUGCUCGGUCAUGUAAAGCCAUAGUUAAACAUUACCUAUGGCUUAAUGUGAUCUCAAAACACAGCCAUUAUGCCAAAUUGCUGCUAAGGCUUUACCGUGAACCAAGCAUUGCCCAUGGCGUUGGAAUGCUGGAGCUUAUACCGAAGAAACAAAUGAUUGAAUAGGCUGUUUUUCAUUAAUGGUGUGUGUUGCCUCUUCUGAAAGUGUAUAUGCAUAGCUUGUAACUCUUAAGAUAAAAGUACUUAAACAUCAAUAUUUUACAUUUUAUAACCUGUAUUUCUUAAGAAUCUUUAGUGGAACAGAAUUUGCUUGUUUUCCUUGUUUUGUCUGAAGGUUACCAUUCAGACUUCUAACUCGUGAAUAAACAACCUUUAAAGUAAAGCUGUGUCUUCUGAAUACCGCCUGUGAAACUCUGUGCAUACGUGUAAUAAUGAAAGGCCUGUGAUACUUUUAAGCUUUCAUUGGCUGGCUUUCUUCCUCUGAUGCUUGUUUUAACUGGUGGCGGUUUCCUUCACUCAACAGUGCUCUGUGAAGAGCUGCAUUACUGCCUUUCAUGUCACGUGUGCCUUUGAGCAUAGCCUGGAGAUGAAAACAAUCCUGGACGAUGGCGAUGAAGUCAAGUUCAAGUCGUACUGUCUAAAGCAUAGCAAAACCAAGCAGAGCUUGAUGCCCGACGCAGACGUUAAUCCCAAGAGCACAGCAGACCAGAAGCAGACCGAGAGCGAGAAAACCAGUUUGCGUGCUCAGAAACUUCGGGAGCUGGAGGAGGAGUUCUACUCCCUAGUGAGGAUUGAUGACGUCGCAGCAGAACUCGGCCUCCCUAAACUCACUGUGGACUUGAUCUAUAAUUACUGGAAACUAAAACGGAAAAGUAACUUUAAUAAACCAUUAUUUCCUCCCAGGGAGGAUGAAGAAAACGGCUUGGUUCAGCCAAAAGAAGAUAGCAUUCAUACUCGAAUGAGGAUGUUCAUGCAUUUGAGGCAGGACCUGGAGAGGGUAAGGAGGAGAGGGGGGGAAAGUGACGAAAAAUACCCUUAUAAAGUAGUUCACUGCAACAGGAAUCGGGAAGGGGCAGAUCAAUCCAACACUGUAGUGCUUAUUUCUUCUUAUUCUGUCUCCAGCAAGUUCAUCACUGUACGCCACAAUCUGACAGCCUCCAGAUUCGACUAUUGCAAUGCGCUCUAUGUGCCCCUACCCUUGAAGGCUAUUUGGAAACUGCAACUGGUCCAAAAUGCAGCAGCCAGAUUACUGGCUGAUGUUCCAUUUUAGAGCUCUUACAACCUCAGUUUAAUAAAUAGCUGCUGUGGUUGCCUUUCCCCACCCCACCAAGGUCCACAUCAAGGUGGUCACAUUCGUGUUUAAAGCUCUAAGUGACUUGCACCCUGAACAGCUGAAAGACCACCUUGGGUGUUAAAAUUUGGCAAAGGGCACUGUCUUGGUAGUACUUCCGCCUUCAGAAGUGCAGGGAAUGGUGGCCCGGGAAAGGGCUUUUUUCCUUUCCUGUGGCAGCUCUUCAUUAUACAGUAUUUUUGCUGUACGCUGAAGAUGCACCUCUUUGUCCUGACCUUGGCAGUUCAGGCAACCCAUCUCUUCUGCUAAAUCGAUAAUGUUCUGUUCUGUCUGGAACGGCUUUACUUGUUUUUAUUGCCACAUCUGUUUUUAUCUAUUUUUUAAAUAAUUGUAUAUUGUAUUGUUGUAACCCUCCCUGGGGUCCUAUGAGGAACAGUGGGUAAGAAAUCAAGUAAGCAAGUAAGUAAGUACAUAAUGGAGGCUGGUGGAGAGAAGAAACAGGAAUGGCAAGAAGCUAAGUAGAAGUAGGAUCAGCCAGAUUCUGGGUUCAUCCUACAACUUGUGGUGUGCCAUGCUACUCUGCUGUAUGUCAGCUGAUGCUGUGUGGAGGCAGAUGCUGUGCAUGGCUGUUCUUCUGUAGCAGUCACCAGGUUGCUUUCCUCAAGUGUCAAGAUGAGGUUUCUCCUUCAUUACAACACUCAAUUACAGUCGGAGGAGGCUGAUUCUGCCGGUGCUUUGCCCAUUGGCUCAUUUGCAUGCUUGAGAUGGGGACCCAUUACUGAUGGGUCCAUAAUAUUGACUCUAGUAAGGAGGCUACAGUAGAGCCUAUUAAGGAUCCUCCGCAGGCAUCACCCUAAUUAUACAGCUGUGGCUUUAGGAACCUUCUGCCUGCUAAACAGGGAGACUAGCUCAGACCAAGAAGUCAAUAGCCACCUGAUAACCUUUUCGUUGUGAAUUUCAAAAAGCACUCGAGAAUGUUUUGUGGGUGGAUGGUUCAGAAGGGACUAGAGUUAACGUUGAGUAUAUCGAAGGCAAAACGGAGAAAGAGGUCAAGCGUUAACACUGCAAUAUGAAUAAUAAAACAUGCAGAUUAUUUAAGUACAGUGGUACCUCGGGUUACAUACGCUUCAGGUUACAGACUCCGCUAACCCAGAAAUAGUGCUUCAGGUUAAGAACUUUGCUUCAGAUGAGAACAGAAAUCGUGCUUGGCGGCAGCAGGAGGCCCCAUUAGCUAAAGUGGUUCUUUUGUUUUGUGUUUUUUCGCUGUAGGUAAGAAAUCUUUGCUACAUGGUAAGCAGAAGAGAGAAGUUAAAACUUUCUCACAGCAAAGCACAUGAGCAGGUUUUCAAUUUGCAAGUCCAGCUUAUCAAUCAGGAAAUUGCUGCAGGUAAGGAAUGCAAAAUAAGCCUGGUUCAGAUGAUCAUAUCUGAGCUUUUUAAACAAAUAUAUGCAUAAACCUUUUUACUUACACAUGCAAUCCCUCUUUCCUUAUUUGUGUAAGCAGUGAUUAAGUCAGGAAGUAAUUGACCAUAGUUUCCUGUUUUAUCCAAACCAGGAAACUAUAACUACCCUACUGAGAACAAAUUGGAGUAUUAAACCAGCUUGGACUAUGGUUUAAUAUCCUGGCAUAUUCAGAAGUUGAUAACCAUAGUUUCCUGAUUAGGGCAUAGCAAGAAAACAUGGUAUGGGUAAUUGCAGACUUCUUGGUCUGAUUGCAGUGUGGCACAAAGGGUCUCUGUAUGUGCAGGCAAAACACUUGUGUAACUUGGCUUAAUAAGAUGAGAUGUGAUUGUCCCAAUAUGACCAUGGCUACUUUAGAUUUUUGCUAUGUGUUGCUAGCUUCCAGAGCCUUUUUAAACAUGCUUUUCUUGGAUUGUUAAUUGUAAAAUCCCCUUUCAGCUAUUCCAGAAAUAUAUCUUAUGGGCUAUCUAUAUGGUAUAACUUUUUAUUAAUGCAUUUGUUUACAUUGCAGUAAAUUUGUAAGUUGUGUUCUAGACAUGAGUAAGAAGAAUACACUAGAAUAUGCAAAUACUACAAACUUAGUAGUGUUUUCCUUCUACUAUGUUCUUAAAAUCCCAUGCUUCUCUGUUCUGGGAAGGCUAGAUAGAGCCUUAGUAUGUGACCAGGCAUUCAAUAAAUAUCUAGUAGCAUAUAAUUUUUUAACGCUUUCUUUAAUCUAUUAUCAAGGAAACAUGGAAAAAGGAACUUUCCUUAAUUGCAAAUGAUAUUAUAAACUUAUAGGUUGCUACAUUUAAAUAGUUCUAGAAUAGGUGCUUAUUCCUGAUUUGCAAGAGGUUGGACUAGGUGAUCCACAGGGUCCCUUCCAACUCUGUGAUUCUAUUAAGUUCUGUGAAGAUGUGCUGCAUACAUUUGCAUGAUGAAAUCUGCCUCUUAAAUAGAUACCUUCUCACAUACCCUUUUAUUUUUCUCUAUAGGCCAUUCUCUGACAAGUGCACUGGAAAGCACUCUGUUUUAUCCACCUCCUAGAAUCACCUUGAAGCUUAAGAUGCCAAAAUCAACAUUAGGUGAUUGCAAAAAUAAAUUGAAAUCUGGUAAACCACUUUCUCCUGACAACAAUGUCGUGGUUUACAGCAAAAAGGGUAUUCCAGUAUCCAAAGAGACUUUUGUUUCAAAUAUGAAAGCCUACUCGAGGUUUCAGCAUGAGAACAGGAGCAAUGGCUUACUGGGAGGGAUGGUGAAGUCUAGGAAUGAAGCAGCAAAGAAUUCUGGACCUGCACAUACAUCAGACUUCCAUCGCGGACAGUCGUCUGGCAAACCCUUAGCACUUCAAGCUGCAUUGCAUGGACAGUCCUCCAUUGGGAACGGGAAAAUUCAGCAGCACUCUAAUCUAGCAAAGUCUAAUGGCUUAAUGGGCAGAGUUGGGGAUGUCACUCAGCGAGACAGCUCUAGCCAAACGACAUACGAGCAGCAGUCUGCUCUCUCUGCCCACUUGGCUAGCCAGAGCAGCUUCAGGAAAUCCACCAUAGAACACUUUAGCAGGUCCUUCAAAGAAGCGACCAACAGUUUGGUGAGGACCACGGAAGAUCUCAGAUGCUGUGAAAAGCCCUCAAGAAGGCUGUCGAUGAGAGAGCGUUCGUGGGGCAAGCAAACUCUUGAAUAUCAGAUGGGGAGUGCCCCCUACCAGGACAAUGAUGGGUAUUGUCCCGAUUUGGAACUCAGUGACUCUGAAGCUGAAAGCGAUGAGAAUAAAGGACAGAUAAGACUGAGAAAAAGCAGCUCGGAGAGAGAGGUCCCAAGUAAAGACUUUAAUAGAGAUUGUCAUAGUAGAAGUAAAAGAAAUUUGAUUUCUCACAGUUCAGUACAAAGGUGA